AUGGCUGACCCUCUGCGCAGGACCCUCUCCAAGCUGCGGGGCAGGCGGGCGCAGCGAGGGGCGGCGGGGGAAGCCGCCGGGCACCCCGGCGGAGGCGGCGCCCUUCGAAGUCGAGCCCAGCAGAAUCUGGCGCGCCCGGGAAACGGGGCGCCGUGCGCGCUCGGCAGCGGCGGGGGCUUCGCGCCCCACCUGGAGGAGCCGGAGGCUUGGUCCCGGCGGGGGAAAGCGGCAGCGGCGCCUGAGGAAGAAGCCCCCGGAGCCCGCCUUUGCCUGCCGAAGAACCGCGUGGAAGGGACGCGGCAGCUGCCUCCGCCGAGCCCGCCCGGGCUCCGUGCGCCCCCGCCGGCGGCCGAGCUCUGCUUCUCGUCGUCGUCGUUUUUCCCCCGGGGGGCGGACUCGGGCUCUGCGCUGGAGCGGGGCGGCGGGAGCGAGGAAGAGGACUAUUACGACAACCACAGCCUGCCCGGCUGGAGCUGCCCCAAAUUGGCGUGCCGGGCGCAGGGGAACGCCGACGGCAGCGUGGCCCUGGGCAGCGGCGGCGGCGGCGGCCACACCAAGGCACGCGAGAGCGCGGGCCGGCUUCGCAGCCAGCUGCAGGAGGCUUAUUACCUGCUGAUCCACGCCAUGCACGACCUGCCCCCGGCUAGCCCCGUCGUCGGGGCCCGCUCCCCGCCGCCGCUUGCCCACCCGCCGCCCUCCUCCUUCUCCUCCUCGGCUGGGAGGAGCCACGAUGCCUCAAGCUGGUCUUUCCCGUGCGGGGACGGGUCCCCGCAGUCGCGAGCGCCCGAUUUCGGCUCCCGAGGCCCCGGCAGGGCCCCCGCCUGGCGCCGGGGCAUCAGCAAGAGCUGGGAGAGCCUCCCCGCUGCCCAGCCGCCCGCCAGAGCGCCGCCCUUGCGGAGGUGCAGCAGCGACGGCGCGCUCGGCCCCUCGCCCCGGGGCCACCUGCUGCAGCGGCUGGGCGCCAGGCGGGGACUCGGCUGCGGCGGCCUCGCAGCUGCCGCCGGCUGCUCUGGCCACAACAGCAGCAGCUGUGAGCAAAGCCCCGGCAGCCGGAGCGCUUGCGAGGGACAUCCGUCGGCGCUGCCGCGGGACGACUUGGGCCGCUUGCUGGGCUCGGAGCUGUGCGCCGCCCUGGGCGAGGCGGGGGCGCUGAAGGGUGCCGCGGACCCGGCGGCGGAGGGGGGCGGCGGCGGUGGCAGAAGCCACGUGCGCCCUCCGGCAGGCACCCACGGCGGCCCCUUCAAGCCUCCCGCCGUGACGGUCCGGAAGCUGCAGAAAUGGAUGUACAAAGGACGCCUCCUCUCCCUGGGCAUGAAAGGCCGCAGCGAGCCAGCGGGGGCUCCGUCGUCUUCGUCUCCCGCAAAAACAUCCAGGACCUGCGGGCCACCUCUGGGCAGGGAAGAGGGACCAGCAACGCCGCCUCCUGCCCCCUUGAGGGGUCAAGGUGGAAAGGGCCUAGCAUCCCCUUCAGACCAAAGAAUCUUGCUGACAGGUAAUGAUUUUGGUGACCGCUUCCCCCCUCCUCACUUUCCCAUGGUUGGGGGUUUGCAAGGCUCCCCAGAGUUGCUCUGUUCUUCUUUUGUAAUGGACAGUGGUGAUGUGCUUUUAACAGCUGCUUGAUAGAAAGAAAACACUUCAGUGCAGUUUGCCUCACCCUUGCAUCUCCAUGGUUGGGAAAAGCUUCACUUGGCUGAAUUGCUUUCAGGUGCAGGAGACUUGCCUUUGUUUAUUUUAAUUAAGGAGCAGGCCUACUCCAAGCCUCACCUGCUCCGUUGCAUUCUGCUAAAGGCAAAAUAGUCUCAGUUUCUGGGCCGGAUGGAGUAUACCACUAAUGCUUAUGGCAUGUGAAGCAGUAUUGCAUAAAAAUAGCAAGUUUGCUAUAACAGGCAUGCAGAGUGUUGAGAAAGAGACAAGGCUUUCGUAAAGUUUGCAUGCCAAAUACUAAUUUGCAAGUAGUGUGUGGGAUUCACAUGAAGGGAAAACACACACAUGCACAAAAAUGAGGUCACUUGUGUUUGCAGACCAGGACAAGUAGGUUAGUUAAAGGAAAGGAGAGUACAUGUAGAAUAGGAAGAAAUACUGUACAGUAACCAUAACUUCUCCUUACUCUAGUGCGCAACCUGGAAUUUUUUUAAAGCUCACUUAUUUCAUUGGGAGAGUUAAGGAGUUGCAUAGAUCUCCCCCAUUCAAAUACAGCAAAAAAAUGCUUGCUGCCAUUAAAAUAUUAAUUAAGGGGGGGGAGGAAAGGCGUAAUGCUUCUGAGUCUCGAUUUCUCCAAAGGUAAGUUGUGGGGAGGGCUUUUCCGCAUCAAAUAUCGCUGCAGGUGGAAAGCUGGCGUAGCAAGGAGAGAGGUUCCAUCCUAACUAACACUUCCCCUUGCAUGCUGUUUUUCAUGUGCAGGGAGCUUAUUUUAUUUUAGGCUGGGAGAAGAAUUUAAAUAUUGAGGACUUGCCACAUUUGCAGCGUUUGAGCCUGCUGCAGCAGGGCAACCCCUUUCUCUGGUGUAAGAAAGCCUUGAGGAGGAGCCUACCUGGCACAGUGCUACUCUAAAUCCAAUGGGGAGGAGCUGCCUCUUAAACAGUCCUCAUUUUACCCCAAGUUGCAGAGCAAAGUGUUGCCCAGUAGCACUUCCCCUGCUGCGAAUACAGUGUGAAAAGUCAUUCUUGGUAUGGAAUGCAAUUUGUCUCUCUCCGCCCCAGUUACUGUUUUAAAUUGUAACCUCUGCGUGAAAUCUUAAUGGACGUGUGACACUUAUUAACCAUAAAUGUUUAGUUACUUUGAGUACAAGAAGUAUCGUGGAAAAUACUUCUCUUUUUUAUCUCUCCCUCCCAGCCCUGAAAUCUCUGCCCAGUGGCAGGUUCACAAGUACACCUCACAAUUCCGGUGACAAAACAAAAACAGGGGGGAGUGGGGGGGAAAGCACAGUGGGGUGGGGAGGAACAUGUUAAUGUUAUCUGGUCAAGCACCACUGCCUCAUUUAUUUCUAUUGGCCCUGAGGGGGUGAAACAUUCCCAGAAGGGUUGGCAAAUCAACAUGGAUGCUUCCAGAAAAAUGCCUCCCUUUUAUACAUUAAUCUCGCAACGUGUUGCUAAACCGUGUUAAUAGCUCACUUAUUAAAGUGCCCGUAUAUGAAGUAAGCUUUCAGUUUCUAGGUCCCUUGGUGUUUAAUUUCUCUAUAAAGUCCACAUUAUUGUGGAUAGUCCAUUAUUGUAUGUAGAAAUGAGAAGCUACAGAUUCGAGUAAUAGUAAUGAUGAUGAUCAUAAUGCAGUGGUACCUCGGGUUACAUACGCUUCAGGUUACAUACGCUUCAGGUUACAGACUCCGUUAACCCAGAAAUAUUACCUCGGGUUAAGAACUUUGCUUCAGGGUGAGAACAGAAAUCAUGCUCCGGUGGUGCGGCGGCAGCGGGAGGCCCCAUUAGCUAAAGUGGUGCUUCAGGUUAAGAACAGUUUCAGGUUAAGAACAGACCUCCGGAACGAAUUAAGUACUUAACCCGAGGUACCACUGUAAUAAUAAAAAUAAUAAUAAUCGGAAAGUGCUUAAUUAUCUUUUUCUGGGCAAGCCUAUAGUAAGUUUCCUUUGUGAAAUACUUCAAGUUCAACAGAACGCUGGAUUGGAUCCAAAUUGAGUCAUGCUUAGAGCAGCUCCAUUGAGUUAUUUAUUUAGAAGAUUUUCAAAAUGCUUAAUCAAAGAGCUUUCUAAUUUAAAUGGGUAGCUUAGUUGCUUUGAUUGGUUUAUCCUGAGGGGGGAUACAGUCCUUUCCACCUGUUCAACCUGUCUUUGGCCCUCUGUGUUGUUCUGGACCAUUUUCUGCUAUAUCGCCCUCUGCUUAACAUCCUAGAAACAGUACAGCUCAAUAAAUCCUAUAUUGUAUUUCCUUAUCUAGUUCCUCAAGACACAAAAGUGUGGGGAGAGACAAAUAUUAAAGAUGCUAGUAUGGGGGACGAUGGCACCCACUUUAAAUCAGUUGUUGUGUUCUGUACUAAAUCAAAGGCGCCCUCCACAGUGCCCAGGUCACACACAAAAAAUCAGUACUUAGCACACCACUGACCACAUUUUGUGACCUGUGUACCUGCUAUGUCUUUAAAGCACAUUCUUUCACUCAAAGUAAUUCUGGGCACUGUAGUUUAUUCCUCACAGAGAUGCAAUUUCCAGCAAUCCUUAAACAGCAGUGCCCAGAAUUUCUUGAGGAAAGUAAUGCAUUUUGCAUGUACUCUAAAGGCACAAUGUGUGCGCAGCUGAUUGAAAGUAUUUCUGAAACAAACAAAUUCUGUAUGUCAGCGUAGGCCAAUGCUUCCGAGAGUGGGUGAUACCGCCCCCUGGGGGGAGGUACUGGAACGAUGGGGGGGUAGUAACCUCUGGUGCAAUUGGGAUGGGGCAUUGAAUAAAAAUAAAGGGGCAGUGGAAGCAUGAAGAGAAGAAAAAUUUGAAAAACUGUACAUGUUUCAUCUGUUGUUUACAACUACAUCUUUGUUUACUAUGUUGUAGAACGUAGGUAGAAAUAUAGAUACAUAAAAGAACACAAAUUUGUCACUGCACCUUUCUGUUUGUUCGCGUAAAGAAGGUAGAUUUUCUGGGGGGUGCUGGGUAAUGUUUUGUUUUGGUUUUUUCCUGAAAAGGAGACAGUAGGUCAAAUAAGUUUGGGAACUUCUGGUGUAGACCGAGGCAUGCUUCCUCGUAAGCAAGCCCCAUUGUGUUCAGCAGGAUUUACUUCCAGGUAAUAAGAUCGCACAAUUCAAAGACUACACAGGGUUUGAAUAUAUUUCGUCAUUGCAUCUUAGCACCCCCUGCCCCCCACCUUAAAUAACUUCUAAUUAGGAUCGCUGCAAUAAAUCUACAGGAUCACUGUGGUGCUUUGCCCUUGUUAAACUUGCUUCUGCUGUUUUUGUAAACUAGACAUAGCCUUAGGUCUAGUUUGUACAUGUGUGAUUAAUGUUGAGUAGCUAUGGAUAUGAGUUAUGUGUUGAGAAUCUGCUCUCCGGAGGGCUGUUAGCUUUCCUAACUUGUCCCUAAUGGAGGAGGGAAAACUUGUCCCUUUAAUAUAGGGUAGACCUUUGUGAAUUGCUUCGUGGUCCUACAAACACAGAGAUGUGUAUCUUGCUAAGGUGCCCAGUUGUAAAGAAGCAGACUGUGCAGGAAAGGGAAUUUCAGCAAGUGCUCCUGUCAAAAUUCUCAUUUCUACGGGGCAGUUAAAGAGAAGGGAUUCUCCUCCUCCUCUGCAAAUGUUGCCCCCAGGGGCAGCUCAUGGCAACUGGCCCUCAGUACCCUAAAGUGGCCCAUUCUCCCACAGCCAUGGCUGUGAUCAAUCUAGGUCUUGCAGGAAAGCCCGGGCAUUUAACAAAGCUCCAGGAUGUCCACUUUGGUGUUAACAGUGCUUGUGUGAAAUAGUCACUUGCAUUAGCAGGUAUCGGUGCUUUUUAUAAUGAAUGAACCAGCUUGUAAGUUAAACGUUAAUAACUUAAUUAUUCAAAUACUCCUCUUUAACAGUGUGUGGUCUCUAAUCUUAACUGAAAGAAGCAGUUGCUUUUUAGUACAGUUUCUUUCAUGUUUUAACUUUUCCACAUAAGUGUGUGCGGAAUAGCUGCAGUGGAAAAUGCUCUUCGAGGGUGCCUCUCCCCUCCCCAGUUUUGUUUUAAGUUCUGUUUUAGGAUUAUGCCUGGUUUAAAGUUUCAUUGCUCUAAAUCCUCCUAGAUUUAUUGCAAAACACUGCUUCAGAAAAAUAUAAUUAGCCAGAGCAUUCUAAGCAUUGGUUGCACAAUGGUAUUACAUUCUGUGUAUUGUUUUACAGACAUGGGAAGGUUAAAAUGCACAUAAUUACAAGGUGCCUGUUAAUUGUACAGACUUGAGUAGUCACAAGAAAAGAAAAAGACUUACUCCAGAAAUCUGGGUUGAGAUGUAAGAAUGCUUCUUGCCCCAUACAGGGGCGGACUUUAGUCUUUCAGAUUUCGAGUAAUAACAAAAUACGGUAUAUAAACCAACAUAGCGAGUGAUUAUUAUUUGUAGUAGUAGUAUUUUAACAAAGAACUUAUCCCUUUGCGUUUUUAAAAAUAGGUAGAAUGAAUUCUGUCUGCUUAAAUAGGUUGUAUGGAGGCAUGGGUAAAGUUAAAUGAAGUCAAGUUCUGUUCUGUUCUUGGUCGUAACCUCGAGUUUGAUUGACUGAUGGGAAUUGUUCUCCCUAAUGGCUUUAUUUUUACAAUUUUUUUGCCAAUAACCUUAAAUAUUAAUGUGUUCCAUAGGGAGACAGUAACACGGCGAAACUUUUCUUAAACCCCGCUUCCAUGUUCUAGUAAAAUUACAGGAUAUUCCUAGUGACUAUUUGUUUAGCAUAUGGACUAUUGGGGAGGCCAUGAUGGUAGCCCAAGGCAAGUCUUUGAGCAUUAGGUGGCUUUCUUAGUAAUAGCAGUGCAGUUGUGGAAGGCGAUGCCCCUAGAGGUUCAACUGGUGCCAACAUUGUCCACCGUGACACGACCUGCUGAAGAACUUCUCCACCAGGUUUUAAUAUAGUGGGAUGCUUGAAUCUCAGGAAGCUGGCCGACUGUUCUUUUUUUAUUAUUGUAUUGCUGAUACUGUGUUUUGUUUAUUGUUUUGUGUAUUUACUAUUGUAAAUUGCUCUGGGGUCUUAGGACGAAGAGUAGGAUGCCAGUGAGAGAGAUGAUCCUGACGAAUAAUUGCAAGCGGCCAGAAAAGGGGUAAAAGGGAACCUUCACCACAUCUGGAGGAAUGAAAAGACAUGAAACACUGAAAUAAUACAUGAUUAAAUGAUUGCAUCAUUCCCCCCACCCCCGUGCCACUUGUACAGUAUAGUAUUCACUGGGAGCACAGAAGUUUUAAAAACACCCCCCCCUUUCUUUUAGAAUAAACGUUUGUUUUAUGAAACAUAGGAAGAGUGACAUUUGCAAAAAUGCAUCUCACAUAAAUCUAUUCUCUGGUUAUUUACUUUCAUCCCAGAAGGAUGAAAGAAUCUGAACUAGUCAAGAAUCUGGUCCCUUGGUGGGCCAUGAUAGUUACAUUAUAGCAUGGUCCCUAACUUAAUGUUUAUCAAGCAGUGUCUGAUAUUGGGUUGGGGGUGGGGUAGAUCCUUUUCUCGCUGUGUCUGCACACUUGGAAUGUGAUGCAUGUUCAGACAUGACUGUCCUACCAUUUGUAGUUACUUCAAGACUUUUAUUGCUGUCGGGUCUGUGCAUCUGGUCAGAUUUGAAUAUUUAGCCAUCAAAAUAUACAGCCUCCCCCUCCCUGCCCGCUAUCCCUGCUGUAUAUUGAAACUGUGUGGAAUGCCUGUAUGCUGAGCUAUGCCUGUAUAUGGAUAUAAUGUGUGUAUAAUGUAUAGCUACAGAGUUUAUGUAGUUCUUUGAUUUAAAAAAGGGGGAAAGUAAAAUCAAGGGAGUUCUGUUUCCACCAGAGCUUUACCUUUAUGUCAGCCUUUGCCAACCUGGUGCCGUCCAGAUGUUUUGGGCUGCAAUUUCCAUCAGCCCCAGCCAGUAAAGCAUGCUGGAUGGGCUGAUGGGUUUUGUAGUCCAAAACUCUUUGGAAGGGCACCAAGUUGGCUGCUUUACUUCUAUGAAACAGAAGUUUUUUUCAGGCUUUCUGGACACUUGCAAUGUGCUGCUGUAGACCAUCCCACUCCGCAAUUACAAUUUGCUCUCUCUGUUUCCCUCCUCCCCGUCCGUUACAGAUUUGAUUGAAACAGUGUACAUACCUUCGGUGAGCAGAAGAGAACUUAAGAACUUCAAAUCCACCGAAGUCGCUGAGUGCAGGCCUCGGAUUGCCAGCAUCACCGUGUCCAAGAAACGUAACUGGCUACAUCAAAGUUCUCCAAGGGUGCCCAAUUUGGAAAAAGGAAACUCGUAUAAGAAAAUUUCAAGAGAAACGCACCAGAGACAGAAAUCACCCAGCCCAUUGCUUGAGCCGAAGAUGCCUCACCUUUUCCCCAAACUUCUAGGGCAUGAAAGCCCUAAAAGAAGAAUUGGUUGCGUACGAACUGUUGAGAACGGGGCAAGCUCUUUGGCACGGCGAAACUGUACUUUAGAUUUUGGGGAUGAUAAUGAUGCAGAUGAUGAAGGAGAAAUAUGGUACAACCCUAUCCCUGAAGACGAUGAGCCCAAUUUCCCUGGUUGUAAUGCUGACCAUUUGGACCCUCAAGCCAUUAAUUGCAAGGUGCCUUCUGGGAAUGACUUGGUUAAAGUCGUAAGGCCUAACGAAGGCCUUGCACACGUCCUAGACUGUGUCGGAAACACUCUGCCCAGGGAAAUUAAUGAAGUAGAUGGUGUACAUUCCAUGGAACAUUUGCAAGUACACAAGCAAAAGCCUACGUGCAGUAUUCAGACUGGGUUUGCAGUGGAAGAUAGUCCUACAUUGAAAGUUACUUUGGGAGGUAAGAGGAGUGCAAACAUUUAACCUACAGCGAUGUUGUUAAAUAUUACAUUUCAUAAGGUAGUACUAGCUAUCAUUUUGGGGUAAGCUGAAAGUCCCAUUUCUCUGGAAGUUCAAGUCUUACAUAAGCAUUAAUUCACUCAUACAGCUUGAUCAAUGCAUCUUCAUUCAGAAAUGAACUGAUUUUUUAAAUCAGACUUACUCUUUUAGAAAGCUUUAUUUUCACUAGGCCUACUUUGGGUUUCUUCUGUAACAAAUUCUGAAACUUUCAUUUGCUCAUGUAGAAACAUCUCUCCCAAUCGUUCUUCUACUAGGUUUGCGGAAACACUAUUUUCAGCCACGAUUGGGAAUUGGUUAUAUCCUACAAUAUGAGAUCUGCCGUUGAUUUUUGUUUGCGUAGAACUGACAACAUUUUAAUUUUUGUUCAGUUCUUAGAACAAACUAUAUAACACAUAUAGCCCAUUACAACUUAAUGAACAUUUGUCUUAAUGGUGCUGUCUAUAGGGAUAUGCCUAACAUUGUUUCUGAAUUGGCUUUGCUUCUCAUGGUUGUUUUUAAAAACCAGAAACGGAAAACAUGGACAUGGAUCAAGGGGGGGGGGAUUCCAUUUUGUGUGUGCUUUUAAUUUCUACAACAGCACAGUUAUGCUUUUCUUGAGACAUACUAGCUAUGAGGUCAUCAUAAUAUAUACUUUAUUUGCAAGCUGGGAAGGUGUAAAUAUGACCACUGUAGGAAAUCUACAUGCAUUUUAUGCCAUGUUUCAUGGAUCAAUUUCUUAAUACAUACAUAGCUCCCACAAGUAUUGGCAGAGGACUUCUGAUAGAUUAAAGUUUGUUUUUGAAUUAAGGGAAAUUAUAUAGAGGCUUUCAACUCAGUGGGGAAAAUUUGUUGCUUAACUAAAUCAAGAUUGGUUCAUGAUUGUGGUGCCUAUAAUGAACCCUGGUGAAAUUGAUUGCAAAUUUAUCCUAUACUGUUCCUUGUGUAUUGAGUUAAUGAAUGCAGCCUUGCCUCUGUGUACAUUGAAUAGUAAUCACAUUGAAUGCAAUAAUUGAUGAAGAGAGUCCCUGCUGUUACGUAAUUGGCUUUAUUGCUAAGGAGUACUUAGUGAUUCUUUUAAUCCUGUUAAGGUGUCUACAGUUAAUUUCAGUCAAAGCUGAAAUGACAGCUCCUCCAGACAAAAUUGUCACAUAAAGGGCAGCAGGGCAAAUCAAUUUGUUUGUAUGAAUGUGUAGUACUGAGUAGCACAUGCAGUUACUCUGAAGUGGGAUGUAACUGUCUUCAUGCCUUUCAAUCAUAGCUGGUUGUUACUGUCUUCUGCCUAGUGAUUUUCUAAAUAUUUACCCCACCCCCAAAAGGGAUAUCCUUUGAGGUGGGGCAGAUGCCAGCUUAUGUAUAGUUUUUAUGCUGAGUGUUGAUUUUGAAAUAAUUUCCUAGUCCAUAAUUGACCUGUUUCCAUAACAGCACAACGGAUAUGAUUGCUAUAUUUCCCAGAAUACCUUUUGGCAGAUCUGGAAUAUCAUCUAAUCAUCCUUGUUGCCCGUAAUGGGGACUAAACAGCUUAACCGUUGCAUGCAAACGGGAUUUUGUGUAGCGCUUCUUCAAGGGGACUUACUAAUAAAUGUCUUUAAUAUCUUUCCAGGUUCUGAUUUGCACUAAGUAUGAUUUUUAUUGUUACUUUCCUGCAAAUCAAGAUAGGGCUGCCAUCAAACACGCCAUUCAAUAUCAAGCUUUGCAACAACGUAGGGAAACUUACCUUUCCUGCCAUUGCUCUACAUCUGACUGUUGCCGAUGGGAAAAAACACAAAGCGUGAUGUUGUCAGGACACGGGAUAACUUUUACUAGCCAGUGCAGAAGGGUGAACUUGGCAUGGUUGUGCUGUUCACAGCGACAGUUGUGCUUUGUCCAUUUUUCAUUCAACUCUUCUCCCUGACUUUUAAAACCAGCGAGAGGCAGAUGAUAUACUGCCGCCCCUUUACAAAGAAAGCAACUUUCUCUUCCAACUCUGCAUGUAUAUAUCUAAACCUGGCAACAGAACCAUCCCUCCUGAAGGGCUGCUGAAACAGAAGUCUUGAACUGCGUGACCGCAGAAAGGCUGCAUGAGUUGGCUUCUCAGUAAGCAUCACAUUGUUUAAUACUCAUCAUGCUUUCUAAGGCACUCGCAUUUUACUGUCUUAUUUUCUUGGUACAGAAUUCUCCUGUAUGUGCUAUGCCGUAUUUUUUUUAACCAUUCCAGAAUUAAGCAGCAGGCCUCUCAUAAGAAAAAACAGCAAUCCUUAACUGCCUGCCUGCCUGCCGUAGAGGAAAUCUCUUUUUUAGACAAUUGCAAGCUUUCUGAAAAUAAGUGUCUCUCUAUUGCUAUUUCCAUCUUAACUAUAGUGUUUGCUGCUGAGGUUUUCCGAGAUAAUGUUUACUGAAUUAUACCUAGCAUCCUUAAGACUUCCUCAAAUCAUAAAAAAGGGAGAACAGUAUUUUUAGUUCAGGGGUACUGAAAGGAACAUUAUUUGCAUUCCAUCCUGCAGCCGAGUAGUCCAUAUUUAGAUAAAAAAGCUUUCUGUUUUUACCAUAACGCGUUGCCUUUUAUAUAAGAACUACAGCUUCAGAGUUUGUAAGGAUUUCUGUAUGAAUGUGUAGCUGUGGGAGGAGAAAGAUAAAUAUCCCUGCAGACUUCCUUCGAAAACAGAAGGCUGGUGCUUUUGAUCACAAUUUUAUAUAGCCAGUUUGCAUUAGACCAAAUGACAGUGUUCGGUCCAAGACAAUAGCUGUAUCCGUUUAGUAUAACCGGUGGCGGGGGAGCACGUUGAAGACUCUUGAGUAUUGACUUCUGGGGUUAAUUUGAGUCAGCCUUUCUGCGUCUGAGCAGAGUUGUGUACAUGUUGAUUUAAUUAGGAUUGACUUGAUGGAUUAAAUAGACUUCGAUUGAGUAGAUGAGAUGAGAUCUGACUUUAUGAAGUACAGUGAUUCCCAUGUGAUGCUUGUUGGUGUGCGGCUGUGCAUUUAAUUGCUUUAUUGCAGAAGCUCUAUAACUUUUUAAAAACUAGGUAACACAAGCUCACGGCCCAACGUGGCUAUCUUCACUUUUUGUGUUAUCUGCAGAAGGCAGUUUAUAAUCUUGUGUAGUUCCCCACCUCCACCCCAGGUGCCAUAUAGAAAAGCUUGCAGACACCUCUGUGCCAAGAUGAUGAAUUUAAACUGACCGCAAAAGCUGCCUUUUCUUUCUCUGUUACUUGUGUGUGAGUGUCUGCACACAUAUUUAUGAUGGCAAAAAACCACCAAAGCCGCCUUAUUGUAAGGCUUUGUUUUUCCCCAAGUGCUUGCUUUUCAUUGCAAAUAUCUGAUAAUGCACUUGGAAAGAAAAUGGGAUGUGGCAAAAAUCACAGCAGUGUUUCUGUUUGUCCCAAUGGGAACUGCAUAGGUGAAUUCUCCAUUAUAUAAUACUCCUUGAUAAUUCCACCCUCACUUUCAGAGAGCAGUGUGCAUAAAGGACAAUAUACAGCAAAAGCAAAAUAUUUGUUUGUUCUACAAUAGAGGGGGUGUUGGUUGAGAGACUCUGGGAGCAGAACUCGUGCUCUGAAGGACUGGGGGACUGGAUUGUGCCAACCAAGGCUUCUUGAAGGGGAUGGGCUUCCCUCCCCCCAGAUAUUUUCCUGCAUCCAUCCUUUCCUUCCCCAUUUUCCUUGGCUGAAAGCAGGUGUCCCUCCUUAACCUCAUUCUUUCCUGAGCAGCUGGAGACAGUCAUCCUUGUGAGGUGAUAGCCAUUUUAAAAUAGCUGCUACUUCAGGAGGAUGGGAGACUAGUGGCUUGAGGCACAUGAGUAGAGUUUCCAUUGAGGGAGUGCUAUUCCAGCCUGUACUGAAGCUACAUUCUGCAUUUGUUUCAAGCAAAACAGCAGUCAUGCCUUCAAAGCGGAAUUAGAUUGACUUUGGAACGGUCAUAGACAGUAGUUUACAACUAAUGCGAGAAAUACCUUCGUGUGUUUCUGUUCAGACUUUUGCACAUUCACAUAUCAUCUGAUCACUGUUCUGUUCCACUUCACCUGUGCACACGUUCAACUUUUAGCGAGGUUACGCAAUAAUUUAGCAACGUUUUACCAUAAAAUGGGGAAGGUGCAGUUCAGAGGCAGAGGGUCACUGGCUAAAUGCCAGUAAUGAAAGUAAAGUUUAGCAAUGUAAAACAAAAUACCAAACGCUCUAGACUGGAGCUUUCCAAACUGUGUGGCGUGACAUGUUGAUGUUUUGGCUGCAGUGUGUCACACAAAUGUUCCCCUUGCUCCUCCCAAGGUUUGGAAAGGGAUAAGUUUAACCUCCGUGUUUGCUAGUAGAACUUAAUUACUGUGUCAUGAAAUGAUGCAUGUCUAAAAAGUGUGUCACCAACAUAAAAAGAUUGGAAAGCUCUGCUCUACACACUGUGUGUGCAGUAAGAUAGACAGGGGCGCCAUCUUGGGAGAGGCUGAGGGCACCCCUUAAAUUUUCAAGGAGUGGGCUGGGCCCCCUUAAUAUUCCACAGCCUGUGAUAGGCUCUGCAGAGCAUCCCUGUGGCUGUGGCGGGCCUUGCGGUCUCCUCCCACUGUGUGAUGUCAUACACGCAUGCCAGGCACCCAGUGCCUGUAACAAUAGAUAUACUGUAUUUUUCGCUCUAUAGGACGCACUUUUUCCCCUCCAAAAAUUAAGGGGAAAUGUGUGUGCGUCCUAUGGAGCGAAUGCAGGCUCCUUGGCUUCAGCGAUAGCAACGUGAAGCCCCUGAAGCGCAGAGGGAGCGCUCCCUCCGCGCUCCGGAGGCUUCGCGUUGCUUUUACUGAAGCCUGGAGAACGAGAGGGGUUGGUGCGCACCAAAGGAAGGGGCUCCGUUUCUCCUGCCGCUUCGCUGAAGGGGCGCGGAGCAGAGAGGGGGAGAUUUUUUUUCUUGUUCUCCCCGUCUAAAACAAGGUGCGUCCUAUGGUUGGGUGCGUCCUAUGGAGCGAAAAAUACGGUAGCAUUGAUUUUUAAAAUAGCUUGAACAUGCAUGUAGGGCCAUGAGAAGAAGGCCUGAACCUCCUCAUGGAUACCAUAUGGAAAAGGUAUAACCAACUUAGACGGUUUAGCAACAGAGAUGUCUCUGACAUCUACAUCUGUAAUAAACGGAUGCCACGCUGCCAGGAAGAAUUCCAGUGCUGCCCUAUCAACGUCAUUUGUCUAACAAAUUUGGGUGAGGGGAGAGAAAAGGACUGAAGCCACCGGAAGUUAGACGGGAAAACGUCAAGAAUGUUAAGAUUGACUUCUCAGCUGUAAUGAAGCCGAGGAAAGUUUUCUAAUAUCUUGGCUGGCUUUCCUAAGCCUUUGCCAGAGGCUUCUGACAGAAAGGGAAGAUUGAUGUUAGCAGGCGAAAGCAUGGCACUGAUUACUAUAGAAGGCUCCAGAGCAGGCCACCAGUGGGACUACGCUGUGAUUUGCAGUACAAGGGAAGCCUUUGUCCAGUUUUAUCAAACACCCGCAUUUCUUGCGAGCUGCUUGCCAGAAAAGCACAGCAGGCGUGCUAGAAAUAGUCUGUUCCCUGCAAGGAAACAGCUUCAACAGAAGCGUAGCAACUGGGUGUAACAAGAAGAUUCAUUGAGGCAUUUGGAAAACAGACUUUGUGCAGCAUUGUAUUCUUUCAACUUUUUUUUUUGGGUCUUUUUUUAAAAAAUGAAGCUCCUUGUGAAUUUGUAUCUGGGAAGAGAGUUAUUCAUCUUCCUGAAGGAUUUUGAUGAACUUUAACUUGUUGAGCUUCGUUUUCUAACAUGAAACAUGGAAUGGGUAUUGAAGAAUCAUGCCUGCUUUGUCCUGUGUGAUUAGUCAACAGGUUUGGUAUUUCUAGGCAAAGUACAUUAAAGAUGUACAGUACAUAGUUACUAGUAGAAAUACUUGAUGCAUAUUUUUUUUAAUAAAAAAGGGAGGGAGGAAGUCAUUUUGUAUUACAGUGUUGUUUAAGAACUCAUUUUAUUUUUCCUUCAAGCAGGAAUUUUUAUCACCGGAAGUGAGAAUGCAGUGUGACUAUUUGAACUUUUUGUUGUUGUGACUGAUGGAAGUACUUCCACAGCCCCUCUGCUCAUUGUAGGUUAGGAAGUGAUGGCCUAGUGGCUCAGUCUGGUCCCUUUUGCAUAGCCUUCGAAACUAAGGAAACUCUUCUUGUUAUGAAUCCUAACUUAACUGCUUUCUAAUGACCUUUGCAUGUGUCCUGGAGUGAGCAGCAGCUAUACAUCAUAAGCAAAAGGAUAAACUGAAUAAUAUUUCACCUGAGUCUCUGUUGGCAUGAGAGUAGGUUCUUGGGCAAUGCUAAUGUUAUUGAAUCUUCAAUUCUUAUUCUGUCCAAAAUAUGGUCAUUGCUAAAAUUAGACAAAUAGGCAUUUGUUAACCUGUUGGUCUAUGAAAGGCUCAUGAGAGAAUUUUGUUAGUUUUGGAAGUAUGCUGACUUCUGAGGCGUAUGGGAUUUUUGGAUUGGGGCAGUGGUGGUGGAAGGGUUCUUUGUAACGUAAUCACAUGUACACUCAAUAGCUGCUGGUCCAAAAUAUCCAGAUGAAAUAACUUUGUAGUGGAGCACCUGUCUUGUUAACAGCUUCUUGUGAAGUCGCAGCCUCAGUAGAGUCUGCUCUGAUAACAAAAAUUAGGAAGCGGUUGGUAGCAGAUGCUGCUAAAGAGAAACUGUCAGAAAGACAGUAAUAUAUUCUAGAAUCUCACCUGACCAGUUCCUAUGAAUUAUGACCAGUUCUGUGAAUUCGCCAGUUGUUGUGAAUUAUGAAAAUGUGAAUUACGUUUUUGAUAUAGCUCUGUAAAUCCAAAGAGAGAAAAUCGAAAUAAAGCCACUGUUUCUCUCUCUCAGUUUAGAGAGAGUGGUUCGCACUAACCAUAGUUUAGUUUCCAGAUUGUUGUUUGAGUUCCCAGAAUAUGGGCCAACUUUUUUAGAGAUACAUGCCUGCUUUACUUUUCAUCUCGUCGGCAGUCUUGUUUCUUGGUGCAAGAGCUUCCAAAGGUAGCAUAACAACUAUGGUCAGUUCAAAAAAUUCACAUCAGAACGGUUAGCUGAAACAUAUUCUAUGGUUUCGGAUUCUAGUUUGCUGGCUGAUCUCAAACCAUGCUUUGCCAAUUGAGACUUUGCACUAAACUGUAACUCACAAGGAGAGCAGGUGCUUUUGUUUUUCGUUAACUACAGCUUGUUUUGUCAGAACCCAACAAAAACCAUGCACCGUUUAUCUUAUUUAUUUGGAAAACUUACAAACUGCUAAACAUGAGCAGAUAUCAUAGUGAUGUACAAUAGUAAAUAAGAGAACUUGAAGGCUCUUUGCUAUUUUCUUAUUGGAUUCAAUCAUAUACUGGCAAAUUCAGCUUGUGAAAUUAAAGCUGAUUUGGAAGCUUCUUGUGCAACGAAACUGCUUCCUCAAAAGGUCAGACUCUUUCUGAUAUGGAAAGUGAAGGAAAAUGCAAUGGAAAGUGUGGUAUAACUUUUGCUUCAUUGCAACGUUUUCCAGGCUCGCUGGGAAAAAAAUCUAAAUGCUGAUCAUUUAAUCUUUCUGCAAACAAAUCGGGAUGAACCCUCAAUAAACAGGUCAUCUGGAAAAGCCAAGGCAGAUAAAAAUAGUUUUACUGGAGAAAUUAGGUGUUAGGAAGCUGGCUUAUUUCAGCAAACCAUAGUUAAGAUUAACCACGGUUUAGAGGUCACAUUACUCCAAACCCUGUAGUUAGUCAAAACAGAAGCCAGAGCUUCCGAUCUCCUCCUCGAGACUCACCUAGGCUUACCGUAAUAAAGCUUAAUUUGUUAUGAUGCCCUCAUGCAACCACAGGAUGCAGGGCUUCUGAUUAAUGCUCAGUUUUUCUUCUCCUGGCUAUGAUAAAAAUUUUUUUUUUAAAAAAGAACAGUCAUCCUGGAUCAGCACGCAAGCUGGUAAUCCUUUGCUGAAUCCACUGGAUGCUUUCUUAAUUCCUAGGUGGCUAUCACCUGGGAUCCAGCAACUUUCCAUGACACACAGAAAGGGGCAUUGUGCAAGAAAGGAAGAGGGCACUUUGGGGCUUGAAGAAGCAAGGCAAGUUAGAACUGUUAAAAGACUUCCAAAAGCAUUCCAUCUCCACCAUGCCCAUCAGAAGCAGAGGGGGACAUGGUUGUUUGAUAAGAGGGGACAAAUUACGCUAAAAUGGGAUGCAGCUGUUUAAAAGAUGCAAGUUCUAGAGCAAAGUUAAAAAAAGGUAAAGGGACCCCUGACCAUUAGGUCCAGUUGUGGCCGACUCUGGGGUUGCGGCGCUCAUCUCGCUUUACUGGCCGAGGGAGCCGGCGUACAGCUUCCGGGUCAUGUGGCCAGCAUGUCUAAGCCGCUUCUGGCGAACCAGAGCAGCGCACAGAAACACCGUUUACCUUCCCACUGGAGCGGUACCUAUUUAUCUAUUUGCACUUCGUGCUUUUGAACUGCUAGGUUGGCAGGAGCAGGGACCGAGCAACAGAGCUCACCCUGUCGCAGGGAUUUGAACCGCUGACCUUCUGAUCGGCAAGUCUUAGGCUCCGUGGUUUAACCCACAGCGCCACCCACGUCCCAGAGCAAAGUUAGGUCCCCUUUAAUUUUCCAUUCUUUUCCAGUGGCUCGACCUGGCAGACAAGGCACAGGAGUCUUUUUUCCCCAAAUGACUUGCUUGCACAGAGCAGUUGCAUCCAGGAGUCUCUUCUUCUGAAAGAAGCUAAAUUAACAAGUCUGAGAAGGCAAUGCAGAGGGACAAAACAGUACAUAACGGGCAGGGAUCGGUUAAUUGUUCCGAGGCAGAUUCUUAAGGGAAGGAUGGGGCAGGUUCCUUGUGUGGUUCUGCUUUUGGCAGAACAAGGCAGAAAAGUACAGCCCAUAGGUCAGAGCAUGUUGUAGGAGCAUCUGAUGCUCUGCGUUGUCCUGAAUAAUACCACAUAUACCUUUUUCAGGUCCUGGCAAAUUAGUAGCUUCUUAAAUUAAAGUAUCCUUUCCCUUCAUUUUUAAUAUGUCCCUUUCUUCUUUUCCCCACCCCUGCAAAGGUCCUGGGAUCUUGUCUGCAAGCAAGUCCGAGAUGGGAGCGGCAGAAGGUUCUCCUCCGAGUCCUAACCCUUUGAAGAAAGGUGGUUCGAUAAACUGGUCCUUCCCUGACAAAAUAAAAUCCCCAAGAACGGUGAGGAAACUUUCCAUGAAAAUGAAAAAAUUGCCAGAGCUGAGCAGGAAGCUGAGUGUCAAGGGAAAUUCAAGCCAUAGUAGCACGGACAAUUCUUCGUUGCUUAAGAAUAACUGCCAGGUCAUAGGUCACGGGUCGCUACCUUCUUCCGGGAACAUCACGGCAGCAGCUAGCAGGAACGUCAUAAGCCGGUACCAUCUUGACAGCAGUGUGUCCUCUCAGCACAACUACAAAAAGAAAAGCAGUGGCAAUUUGAAAUCCUCCAGCAAAGGGGGCUACCUCAGCGACGGAGACUCUCCUGAGCUUAUAACAAAAUCAGGGAAGCACGGCCUCGAAAGCCGGGCUGGGAAAGGAGGAAAGGAAGCAUUCCCAAGCAGCAACGGUAGUAAGGCGGAAAUAGACAUUGACGCUUUCAGGCACUACAGUUUCUCUGACCAACCUAAAUGUUCCCAGUACAUAUCUGGACUCAUGAGCAUCCAUUUCUAUGGCGCGGAGGACCUGAAACCGCCAAGGAUGGACUCCAGAGACGUCUUCUGCGCCAUUCAGGUAGAUUCGGUAAACAAAGCGAGGACUGCCUUGCUGACGUGCAGGACGACCUUUUUGGACAUGGAUCACACUUUCAACAUAGAGAUAGAGAACGCCCAGCAUUUGAAAUUGGUGGUCUUCAGCUGGGAGCCCACACCGAGGAAAAACCGGGUCUGCUGCCAUGGGACGGUGGUCCUCCCUGCUCUUUUUCGGGUGACAAAGACUCAUCAGUUGGCAGUAAAGCUGGAGCCCCGAGGUAUUAUUUAUGUCAAGCUGACCCUCCUGGAGCAGUGGGAGAAUUCUCUCAAUGGACUAGAUGGAGAAAGAGAACCGGUAAUGUUUGGAGUAGAUGCUCGGAAGGUUGUGGAGAAGGAAAACGUAGGCUUGAUGGUGCCCCUGUUGAUGAAGAAGUGCAUUAUAGAGAUUGAAAAAAGAGGCUGCCAGGUAGAGUUAAUUAAAAAUAACAACCACUGCAUUCUUCUGCAUUUAAUUUUUGCUGCUUAGAGCUUUACCCUUAUUUAUUUACUUUUGCUAUAAAUAAUGUUGUCUUUGUUGGAUGCACCAUAUCCUUCACUUCUUUAGUUUGGGGUAGUACACCUGCAUUGCAGAGGGAUGAAGGCUGCUCUCUCCUGCUCUUUGCAGUCAUGGAGACAUGAUGUGUUUUUAUGAUACAAGAAGUGGAGGGGUAAAAGCAGUCUGUGCCUUCUGGAACGCCAACAAAUCUAUUGUGGGUCUAAGUUUCCUCUGGCCUCAGGAACUUCCAAACCUGGAAUAUGGUGGUAGUGAAAUAAAUUGGGGUUUUUUUUGUGCUAAUCUAAACAAAACUGAACAAACAAAACAGCUAGUUUUUACUGUCCCAGUGUGGAAGAUGAAGUUGUAGUAAGCAGUUUUGAUGGAUAGAUUCCUCACAGGGCAAGUUUAAAUGUUUUAUUGCUUUUAUGGGAAUUACAGUCAUCACAUGAUAAGCUGAGAGCAUGUAAUUGCUAUCAGAGGUUAUUGCGUCCUCUGGUCAUAAUGGGAUUAUUGAAUUUCCAAGAGUGGAGAGAGAGAGAGAGAGAGAUUUCUCUCCCUGUGGCUUAUUUAUUAAGCCUUUUAUGGGUUCCUAAUAAAGGAGCCUUUGGGGAAAUUUUCUAAACAACUUUGCUACAUAUAGCCUAAAGACGAUUUUGCCUACUGGCUGACUAUCUCUCUAUGUAGAAAGCAUUCAUUGCCUCCAAAGAAGCAAACUGAUGUCCUUUGUAAUUUCAGCUUAUUUUAUCACCUGAUACUAAUUUCCAGGCUUCCAACAGUUUGACUCCACCCCCAAAGGCACACUCCUCCAUUGUCUCCCGAGACAGAUGGAUGCCAACAAUAUUAACUUACUUUGUUAUAUCUCUGGCAGAGUACUCCGUAGAAUAUUGAUAACCAUUAUGUCUUUUUCAAGCGAAAAACUCGUACUGCGUGCCAAUGAUGCAAUCUGCACGUCUCUCAGCAUCUUUGGGGAUCUUGCAUGAAUAUCUUGAUGCUUCUACUGGGCUUAAUGAAAACUGUGUUUGUGCUUGGUAUUUAACUUACAACCUUCGUAUUCCUUAGGUGGCAAACCUGUGCCAUGUUGUAAGGUUAUGAUUUUGCUUCUAGGUUGUAGGCCUGUACCGUUUAUGUGGCUCAGCAGCUGUCAAGAAAGAGCUUCGUGAGGCAUUUGAGAAGGAUAGCAAAGCAGUUACCCUCUGUGAAACCCAGUACCCAGAUAUAAAUGUGAUAACAGGUAAAGAAAAUUAAAAACCUUGAUGAUUUUUUUAAAAAGGAAGAAUAUGCUUAAAAUGUCUGUCAAUGUCAGUGUGAAAAUUAUUUUCAUUUUGGUAGUCUACAAGUGGAGCCAUAGAUAUCCUUACAGUGGUACCUUGGUUGUCAAACUUAAUCCAUUCCGGAAGUUUGUUCAACUCCCGAAACCAUUCGGAAAGCAAGGCGUGGCUUCUGAUUGGCUGCAGGUGCUUUCUGUGCUCAAUCGGAAGCCGCGGAAGCUGUGUUGGACGUUCGGCUUCCAAAAAACAUGCGCAGACCUGAAAGUAAGUGUUGAGCUUUCGUGGAAUUUUGGGUCUUCAGCUUGGACAGUUCCUCAGUGCUCAUCUGCUUAGGGAUUCCUGCUCAGGGCUGGUUCCCAUUUAUCUGAUGAGAAUGAGCUUUUGUCACAACAUUCUGUGUAUGUAUGCUUUACAACAGAAAUGGGAAAAUGCCAUUGGCUAGUUGCAUUGGCUAUGUAAGGCAGGGAUGAAGCUGACAUUUUAAAGAGUAUGCUUUUUGUUUUGUUUUUUCAAGAAAGCAGAAAUGCUCAGGACAUGAUCAACAGAACGCUCUAACUUCCCUGACCAGUAAGAGCCAGCUGAGAAAGGGGAGGAAGAGAGCUCCAUUUUAUGCUGACCUCUGCAAUGCAUAGGGCAGGAUUAUGCCAUCGGAACAAUCCUGGGUGUUAUUUUUUGGCUGGGUUUGGGGGCAUGAAGGUUAUAUCUUACAGCUAUUUCAUCUUGUUAUUUGCCAAGGCCUACUCCCACCCAGGAUCCAAAAUGGACAUGGCUUGGAGAAUGUAGUAUCAAACAGAGAAUUGCUCAGAUUGCAAGUUUGGCUUAGUGUGGAACAAAAUUAAUAUAUUUUGACUAACUUUGCUGCUGAAAUUGUCCUCCCCAGGUAGUUUUCAGGGGUCACGAAGCCAUGGGAAUACUGGAGGAGAUUUUAGAGCUGCUUUAGGAUUUAGCAACAGGGACAACUUUUAUGACAUCGGAAUUGCUUAUCUUGGGGGUCUAACUGCACACUUCAUGCUGGUGCCUGUUAACAGUCUUGUUUAAAAGAGCAAACAGGGGAAUUUAGGUCAGAGAAGUGAGGGGGAGGGAAUGAGCCCUUAACCCUUUCCUCACACAUCAUCUUGCUACUUCAGUUCAACCUCCAAGUGUUAGCCCCACAAGGUUCAAAGUGUGUGUUUACUAGGCCUGUUUGACUAAAUUGUGUUCUGAGUCUAGGCAGUGCUGCACCUGUCUAUUAUAAGUUCAGCAAAAAUUGCUGAAAUAAAAUAUAGCAGUUCUGAGCGUCUUCUCUGGUGUAGAUGAAUCUGAAUACCUUGCUUGGACUGUCUUGAUUCAUCUCUUGAAAUCUCCGAUUAAACUUUCCCCUCAGCUGAAUAGAAAUGCUCAUGGAUUCCUUUUUAUGGAAAAUUCCUCUUUGUGCUCCUUUUCCAUCUUGGAUGACAGCGCACCUCAAGUGUGGAAUUUCCUGUGGGAUGGACAGUUUCAAGGAACGCCAUCUGAAUUACAGCCGUUUUGAGAAUAGACUGUCUCUUUCAAUCUUGUCUCUCUUGAUUUGAGCUGCUGCGGCUGCUCUGCUUUCAUUUGUGUGCACAGGCUAGGCUUUGUAGCACUGCGCAGUAAUGAGAACAUAGAAGACUCAGGUCAAUAGUCCCAUCUAGUCUAGCAUUCUGUUUCUAACAUAAGUCAGGCAGAGGUCUCUCGGAAGCUUGCAAGGAGGGCAAGAAAUCAGUAGGUCUUGCCUGUUGCGUUUCCCCAGUAUCUAGUAUACAGAGGUACACUACCUUGUAACGUGGAGGUUUCCUUUAGCAAUCAUGGCAAACAGCUGCUCAUAGACCUAUCCUGCAUUAAUCUGUGUAAAACGUGGAAUGCAUGAACAGUGGUUGGAGAUGAUGGAAGUUGUAGUCCAACAACAUCUGGGGUGGGGUUCACAGGUUCCCCACCCCUGGUAUAAUGCUUCUUUUAAAAUAGCCAUCUAGGCUAGCAUCCAUAGCAUGAUUAUAUAUUACAUUUAAAUGCGGUUUUGUUUUUGAGCAUUGGUGAACAUUCCAGUUACAGACAUACUUUAGAUCUCAAAUGCCUUGUCUCCCGAACAAAUCGGCUCCCAAACGAUCGAAACCCGGAAGUGAGGGGGGCCACUAGGGGGCGCAUUGGAAGAUGGCCGACAAUACCAUCUCUCCGACCCACACGGGGUAAUUAAGAGGCUGUUAUGGGAGUAGGCAGCCUCCCUUGUUGCCCCAAGGAAAUGGGGAACACUGCCCUUGCCUGCUGUGCCCAUAAAUCACCCCCUAAUUCGAAAGAAAGGGGUGAGGGCCCUAGGCAGAAUGCCCCCGUGUGGACAUCGGCUCUCCUGGACGCUGUCUCUGAUCACACACUAGUUGCAGCAAUUUGGAAUAAUUAAUUACAAAAGAAGCAAAUGCACGUAUUUCAAGUGAAGAAUGGGAGUGAAGUCUGCUAAUUUAAGUGACCUCUGUGAAAGAAGACGACGGGCUGGAGAAACAGGAAUAUUUUAUGAUGAAGAUACACCAAAGGCGGGGUAUGUUGACAACGGGGCUGAAGGGGGGGGGGAACCUUUUUACUUUCCUUCUAUGUGAUUUACAAGAACCCCUCCUCAUUAGAACUGUUGGUUGAACUGACCCAAGCAGGAUGAUUAAGGUCUGUGUGGAGAUAAACUUUAACCAAAAGUAUGCUUUAUGGAGACCGAGAAGCAAUAAGAGCUUUUGGGAAUGGCGCAGCAAUUAAUUCGGAGUCGCCAUCUUGCCAAAGGAUUUAUAGCCGGGAGGAAGAACGGACUUGGUUUCAGACUGCAUUCCUAGUGAAUCUCCUCAGAGGUUUUGAGAAAGGAGGCAGAUUGGUGAAGAUUAAUGACGCUAAGACUGUUUUGAUGUAUGGAAGUGAUGUUAUAUGGAAAACGUCUGGAUAUGGCUACUGGAUAAAAAAAUAAUAUCCACGCAGGAUUACAAACUGUUCUAACCAGCUUGCGGAGACUAUCAGAGGUCACAAAGAGAAAGGAAAAAUAUAUGAAAAUAACAACAAGAGAUGUGGAAAAAUAAUAAGAAAGGACUGGAUAGUACUGUGAACAUCAUAAGGUUAGAUUUGUGGACAUUAAAACAGCAGUAAGAAGCAAGAAGUUGAUUGGAUCCCUUCGGAACUUGAAAUAUGGGUACCCCCAACAAAAAUUUAAAAUUCGGCUGUGUAAUUUGGAAUUUAUGUAAUUUGGUUUGAUUUGAUGUGAUUGGUCGGUUAAUAAAAAAUUAUUCUUAAAAAAAAGAAACCCGGAAGUGAGUGUUCCAGUUUUGAACCAUUUUCAGAAGCCGAACGUCUGCUGUGGCUUCCAAUUGGCUGCAGGACGCUCCUGCAGCUAAUCGGAAGCCGUGCCUUGGUUUUCAAAUGGUUAUUCUGUUCAAGAACUAAGGUACGAUUGUACUUCAACUCUCCAGCAAACAUUGCAGUGCCUGCAUCCUUCAUUUUCGUGGCAGCCCUUUUUUAAAAAACAAAACAAAAAAACACUGUUCCCCAGCUAAUGACAAAUUCCAAUAAUGCCUGGAUCAAGUUGAGUGUGUGACUGCUGAAUGGUUAGUCUUUAAAUCCCAAUGCAAGGAUGGUAAGAUGUGUGUGUUGUUAUUGAGUUCAUAAGAAUAUGAGCUUUCCCUUUUUUUAAAAAAAGGACAUUUUUCUAGCUCUCGUUGUCGUUAGUCAAAAGCCUAAACGAGCCUCAGCAGCACCUGUUGAAAUCGGCUGGGGGCUCAGCAAAAACAAAGAGGAAUAAUAACUCAAUGGGUAAAGAGAAUGCUGUCCGCAUGCAGAUGUCCACAGGUUCAGGGGACCUGGCACCUCCAGUUAAAAGGAGCAAGGCUGGGGAAAUAUGCUCCCUGAGACCUUAGAGAGCGUUGCCAGCCAAAGCAGACAGCACUGUGGGCUAGCCAGGCCGCCAGCCUGACAGUACGCACAGUGCUGCUUGCCAGCAUGUGUUUUAACUCGUAAGCCCUGCAACACUUCAGAUAAGGCCGUGCUAUUUGUUUCAAUAGAUGAGAGCAAUAAUGGCUGUCUGUAUACGCUGUAACAGAAAUCCAAACCGGAUGCUUCUUAAGCAAAAUCAGAAUCCCCUUCUCAGAAAAAGAGUGCUGGUGGACUCUGGUUUUUGAAAGGUUUGUUUGUUUUCGGACAAGAUCAGAUACAGUGAAGCAGGUUUCAGCAGUUUUUGCUUUGCCACAGCAAGCGCGGCACUGCCCUCUGGUGAGGAACCGGAUUCCUCCCAGCGUUGAGGCUGCCCUGCACAGGGGAGAAGCACUUGGGCACAAAGUCGCCCGUGUAGUGCUUUUGCCAGCAGCAUACUCUCCCUGCCAACGCUGGUGGGAGGGUUGGCAGAUGGUGGACUCGCGACUACCAUUUCGGGCUUGGCCAACCAGAAGUUGUUGACCACUGUGAUAAAGAGAAAGGGAAGGAGAAACAUAAAAAUGGGAGGUGUUCAUUGUGUUAGAAGGGUAGUAGGAACCAAAAGGGCUAGUGGUAACCAGGGAAACGCAACAGAGGCUCAUACUUUUCGUUAAAGCUCAUCUUGUGACUCCUUUAAAGGUCAGGAGAAUUCAACUCUCCAUUGAGUUACAGUGGUACCUUGGGUUACAUACGCUUCAGGUUACAGACUCCACUAGCCCAGAAAUAUUACCUCAGGUUAAGAACUUUGCUUCAGGAUGAGAACAGAAGUCGCGCAGCAGCAGCAGCACGGCGGCAGAGGGAGGCCACAUUAGCUAAAGUGGUGCUUCAGGUUAAGAACAGUUUCAGGUUAAGAACGGACCUCCAGAACGAAUUAAGUUCUUAACCCAAGGUACCACUGUAUUAGCUUUCAGCAGGCACUUUGUAGGCAUUUGCAACCGUGAGGGCUAGAAACCUGUCCUACAGCUUUGAAGGGUAUGACUAUUUGGGUGCUAACUCCAAACAGCAAAUUCUGUUUUUAGAAGAUACGUAUUUACUGAUUUGGAUGGUGCAGAUGGUGUAUCAGUGAAAUGGGUGCAAUUUCACGGCUGGGAUUGAGGAUGGUUUUAGUUCUUAACAUUUAUUAUUUUGAGGCUGAUGUGUACAUGUGUAUGAUAAAACACAUUGUUCUUGUUAAAAGUAUUUUGUUGAAACCUCAGCAUAAAUCGUAGUUCUUUUAAAAGCUGAUUCGUAUUUGAUGCUGUUCCCCCCCAUUCCCACUUUUUAAUUAACUGUGGGGUGUCCCUAAGACUCUAAAAGGCACUCUUUUACUUUGAAAACUCCAGUUGGUCAAGGAAUGUGCAUUUAAUUAUUAAACCUCAACUGAGGAAUGCUCCUCUGGCUGGCAAGCAAUUAAAUGCACAUGUGAUUUAGAAUAAUGUGUUCUGCUGGAUUUGGAACCUGGUUGGUUUCUGACAUUGCUGCAUCAUUUCUGCUUCCAGCCAUGUGAAUUCUCAUCUUGGAGUAAAGCAUGUCAUACACUUAACAGUUCAGUGGGUCAGAAAAAUGGGAAAUUAAUGAGGUGGAUUGGGGGAGGUAUGUGUUUUCUGCUUGCUGCCUAAAUUAGUUCUGUGUGGACAGUGGUGUAUCAAGAAAAACGCAGCUGUCAGGAGAGGCAACUCCAUAAAAAUAACUGCCGUCUCUUACAGAGCUCAGCUAGUGAAAGGAUUUGGAAAGGGGAUGUGGGUCAGAGGGCUCACAAGUUAUUCUGUUCAGGAAUUAAGCAGGAGAAAGUGUUUUGAGAAGGAAAUGCCAGGUUACUCUGUUGCAUAGCUCAAUGCUGAUGCUAUGAAUAGACAUUGCAAGUGGUGCCUCUGUAACUGAAUGUGUAUAAAAUACAGGACAGAUUCCUUUCCUAUAGCUUGCAUAGGAGCUGUCUGCAAAACUUUUUUUUUUUUAAACCAUUCUGGGGACAGAAUUUGAUAUCUCCACCCCACCCUGUUUCACUAUAUUCCCAAACCAUGAUUUACAAAGACCAGUUUCUAUUUGGUUCCACUGCUUAUCGAGGUUGUAAAUUUAGGCCUACCUAGACUUGAAAUAAUUGUGUGAAAUGCAUCCCUUUGGCCUGUAAAGUAACCAUCAAACCCUCCUCACUUACUAGCAAGGCUUGAAGACUCUUGCGUCAGAUGGGCCUCUUAGGAGCUGUGGAAUUCAUAAAGAGCUGUUUAGUGUCAUGUUGUGAUUAAACAAUUAGCCUUUACAUUCUGGCUGGUUCCAAUAUUCCUUGACAUCAAAAUUAUGUAGUCUUUAGGGCUUUUUCAGCAGCGCGCCCCCCUUCCCCAAACAAAGAGUGAGAAUAGAAUCCCUCACUUUACUCUUAAGGAUUUUUGCUCUUAACAAAGUCUUCAAUUAACACAGUUCACAUUACAGUUGGGUCAUAGGGCAGGAUUUGUGGUAGGCACACUGAGGCUUGCAACAAGUCUUGCUUUGUUAAGGAACACUCAGCAGUGGUAUUUCUGUCAUGGUUCGAGGAUUAGCAAGGCCUUUAUUUGGCAGAUACUUAAACUGGUAUCUCGGCUUCCUAUUUUCAGUUCUCUUUGUUUUCAUUCUACAUUAAAUGGUGCUAUUUAUUGAAGAGCAGGCUGUGCUUAACUAGUUGGGCCAUGUGUUAUGGAACAAUACAAAAACGGUCCCGUGCACCACUGCAUUCGCCCCCCGCCCCCAAUUUAAACAACUGAGCUGCCAUUUUAAGAGUUUAUAAAGUUAGGUGUUUGGAUUUUUGAGCCUAGAUACUUGGUAGCACAAAACAAAUAUCUUGGUUGCCAUUUGGGGUAUUCCUAAAAAGGGGAGGCAGUAGUUUUAAAGCUUGUACGGUUGCAGAAUUUUGUGUUGGGGAUGCAGUUUGUUUUAACUUGACUGCUUGACUUUAGUUUCUCAAAGCAAAAUGUUGGGGCCUGAAAUGAAUAAGGUUACAUGAUCUACAAAGCAAACUAUACAAAGUGUCUGAGAUCUCACUAUCUAUCUCGGAAAGUUGUUUGUCUUCUUCUGUUCACUUGGCAUUUAAACACCACUCAAGAUACCAUAACCAGAUUUUGCAUGCUGGUUGGUUCCUGAGUUAAAGGAGCAUAUAUAUUUUUUUGUAUCUUUGGACACCAUUUCCAAGCAAGAUGGCAGACUGAACCUUUCAAAAGUGUGCUGAUUUUAACUACUGAUUUUAAAACUACACUGAUUUUUUUUAAAAUAAAAUAAAAAAUUCAAGUGAUGCCAGGUGUUAAGUUGUGGGCAAACAUAUCAGACGACACAGCGAUUCUUCAAACAGCUCUUCUUUAUUCAGAUGCCAGAACAGAACUAAGCUGAGGGGCUCAGUCAGCCUGCUUAUAUAGAGCUCCAGAACAAUGUAACUGUUGCCAUUUUCUAAAACUAUCCAAUCACUGAACGUCACUUUUCGAUCCUUCAUUUGCAUACAAAACUAUCCAAUCACUGAACGUCACUUUUCGAUCCUUCAUUUACAUAACUAUCUACAGUAUCCCCCUGCUGGCCCAGGGUGAGAACUUCAGUACAUAACACCAGGUAUUUCUCCUAGUAUGAAAUUACUCUUGUAAUGCCAGGUAUUUCUGCUAGUAUGAAAUACUUUUGCACAGGGAUGUGAUGCUAUGUAUUUGACAUCAGGAUUUAUUUUUUCACAAGUACCUGUUACAUUGAAAUUAGCAUUUGCGCUCAUCAUUCUAUGUUUCCUGUAGUGGCUUGUGCAUUAGAAGGGGGGAAACCUAGUGUGAUAAAAUAUUGCUGGUGUUUGGCAUGUUACUUAUGUGAAGAGAGGGCAAGGGUAGGGUUGAUUGCUUAGCUCUGUUUCCAGUAUUGCAUGGCUUUUCCUGCCUCCACCGUGUCUGCCAAAGCUUACUCAGUGGGGAACAGUCGAAUAUGUGGAAGCUGUGUGAUGUACAUAGUGAAAGGUCCCUGUUACAGAAGCUAUGGCAACCACAGUGCACAGCCCUGCAGCACCCAUCACCACAUUUAAAACUCUGUACACUUGACUAACAAGAGUAAAGAGACCUAUAGACAACAAACCGUCCUAAAUUGUAGCAGAGGAAUUCAGAAGUUGCUAAAAAAACACAAACCCCCAAAACCCUCUGUUUUGGGUUUGCGGGUGAAAUGUCUGCUGGCUCCUUGAUGCAGUUUCUCUUCCACAACAUAUUCCACACUCCUGUGGAACAUGGCAUCAUAGGUCCAGUCUACAGAUGCAACAGGACGAGGCAGUAGAAUCGAUGAUAUCAUUUCAGACUAGAGGUUGCUAGAAACGGGGGGAUUAAAUUUUUGAAUUCUCCAAUGUGUUGAGAGCUUGCUUCAAGUUGAUCAGCACAGUAGGCGAAAAGGUAGGGUAGAACUCUUCUCCUCAAUGAUUUACUUUCAUAUUUCCAUGGAGGUAUGUGUUUGGGUUUUUCUAGGGGGUGGUGGAGUUCGGUAGAGGAGUGGUUAAAAGCAGCAUGCUCCACUUCUAGCUUGAAGCAUGAUAUAAUCCAUUCUGCCACCUUGUUCUUCUGUGGGUAUAGACCCAACCACAGUGUAAAAAGUUCUAAACGCAAGCUUCAUUUUCUUCCCUCCAGCCUGGCUGAUCCUCAUUUUGCUGCUUUAGGUUUGAGCAGCUGCUUCAGGCUGUAAAGAUUUCUCUCCCUAGGGUGUGGUUUUUUGUGUGAGCGCCAGUUCUGGGCUUUGAAUAGCACCACAAUGGUAAAGUUAACACAGAACUUUUUCUUCUGCCGCUAUUCAAGAACUGGUACUACAAGAUUUCCUGAUAUGGUGAAUGGUAGUCUUGAAAGGGCCAUAGCUCAGGGGAUAGAACAUUGGUUUUGCAUGGAGAAGUCCCUGAGUUCAGUCAGUGGCAUCCCUCACUAGGGCUAGGAAUGCCCUCUAGGGAGCCACUGCCAAUCAUUGUAGACAACACUAAGGAUAUGGACUCAGCAUAAGGUAUCUCCCAUGCUCCAUAAGAGUAUUGCACUAUCAAAGAGGAUAAAGCAAAAUGGGAAAACAGAAUAUGCAGAAAAGGAAAAUGUCCCAGUCAUUGCAUUCUACCCUGAAUGUCCAGUUCUAAGAUUAUUGGAAUUCUUUUUGGCAUAACUCAUCGGACGUUGAAAUGGAAAGUGUUAUAGUGUUGUGACAGCUUCCCCGUAUUAUUUAAUUAUUAGAUACUAUUUUCUUUUUGGCCAUCCAUCCAUUAGCAAACAUUGAAUACCGAAUUUGUGAGGGAAGGUUUAAAAAUCGGAAUUAGAAAUUGUUGCGAGAUCCGAGAACUGGAAUUAUUAGCAGGAUUUUGUAAUAUGCAAAAUGGGCCAUUUGUAACACAUGUGCUUAUGCAUACAUGCCUUGGGAUAUAUGCUCAUACAUACAUGUCUUGAGGUCCUGGGAUGCUCUGGGAGUGGUACCCUUGUGCUUUGUACAUAUGCUCACAGUGUAUGCAGGGAGGUGCCUGCUGGUGUCUGUCAUUGCAGUUUGUUCAUUGCACCUUGUCUGCAUCUCUUUUGAAGGUGUUCUCAAGGACUAUUUAAGAGAGCUGCCUUCCCCCUUGAUAACCAAACAACUCUACGAAGCUGUGUUAGAUGCCAUGGUGAAAAAGCCCUUGAAAAUGACAGCGAAUGGAUGUGAUAAUAACCCUGGUGAUUCUGAGCACACCAUGGCUCUCUUGGAUUGCCUUCCAGAAGUUGAGAAGGUAAGUAUCGUUUACUGAUCUGUUGUAGAUGGCAUAGUAAAUUCCAAAUCCUUUUUAAAGAAAACGGAUUGCGUCAUGACCUGAGACAAAUGGGCUCUUCCAUAAGAUGUUGGACUACAUGAAUCAUACAACAGGGGCGUCUGAAAAUAUUGCUAAGUGGGUAGUUAGAUCAGUCUAGUGAACCCAUUCUUAUUCAUGGCAAUAUUAAGCUGUUUUUGUCUUUGCAUUGCUGGGUUUCCAUGAUGCUAAAUAGUGUUAGCUGACAUUCUGUCCAGAUUUAUGUUGGCAUUGCUGGAGGUGCAACAGCAGAGAUCAUUCUAUGUGCAAAUUAAAGGUUUAAUUUUAUUGGUAUUAAAGUCAACUAGUCGAGGGGAUAGGUGGAGCUGUUGCUUAGCAACCAGGCUGAGAGUGGCGUGAGGUUUGCUGAGGUAGAAUGUGGUCCAGUUGACUAUGUAGUUCUGAAGUCAUUUUUCUCUGUGUGGCUCCCUCUGUACUAUAAAUUUAAAGCAGUUAAAUGUGCUACUUUAAACAGUCAGGACGUCUUCCAAAGAAUUAUAGGAAACUUAGGGUUUUUGUUUUUGAAAUAUUUUUAUUAGCUUUCAAAUUAUUAUGGAACCACAGAGAUUGCUAAACUAUAACAAAAAAUUCAAUAAUAUAUCCACCCUAAGGACCAGGGCAUACAGAACCUCAACAAUAUUAAAUAAUGGCAUCCAGUCUGAAAUCAUGACAACCAUAUUUCUCUAGACUGCAUGGGGAGAGAUGCCUGUAAAUCUGAAAUUAAACUGUGUGAAAUUUAAUUCCACCGCAGUGAAUAGAAUGAUCAGAACCUUAGUUUUUUAAGGGUGCUGGGUUAAGAGUGUUAAAGAGACCACUAUUCUCACAGACCUUCCAUUUCCAGUGUGGAAAUCCUUCUCAAAUAGAUCCAUGAACUCUGAUAAUGCUCCUUGCUUGCCUGGUGUGUGUGUGUGUGUGUGUGUGUGUGUGUGUGUGUGUGUGCGCGCGCUAGAGAUGGAUGUGUGAGUGUGUUAGGAAACUAACCUGCAGACUUGGCAUCUAGAUAAUAUAGAUUGCAAGUGUCCUGCAAGAAGGCUUGUGUUCUGCUACUGUCGCCAUGCCCCCGGUAGUGAGCAAAGCGAACUUUCGACCGCAGAUGUUUAAAAUCAUCUGCUAAGCACAGCAACUUAAUGCUCUAUCUUAGCAGAUCAUUCCCAUGUAAACAGAUGGCCUGGGAGCCAAAGAAAGAACAUAUACAUGGCAGCAAACAACACCUGCAGCUACAGCUCUGCUUUUAAUUAUUUGUUUAUUUUCUACAGUUCCCACUACCAAAGAAAGAAACUAGGUGUUGUUGUUUUUUAAAAAAGAACUGAACAGUGGCUUUGUCUUCCACAGUGGAAAAUAAAAAAGCAAAUCUCCCAACAGUUCUCUCUUAGGCAUGCAUGUCCCCUUUUAGAUCCCCAUGCCGGCAAAAGCAGCUUUGGCAAGCGCUGUGUGGUUGCUUUCAAAUAGUAAUUUAAAAAUGGUAAAGUGCUGCAUUUUGUUUAUGAAUGAGAUGGUGCAACGUCUGUGAGUGACUGAAAAUAAACGAAAGGCGAGAUCGUUCAGCAAUGCUGAUGGAAAGGCCCAUUGAUUUUGAGCAAAGCCGAACACUGUGAAUGUUUAACCGACAGUCAACAAUAAUGCGUGUGCCUGUUCUGAAUAUAUCAGGAGACAAUGAUUUUAUUGAUUUGCUAAGCUGCCAUGUGUUGACUAUUUAUCCCCGGACCACUGUAAUUUUCAAGCACCUCUAACGAAAGACUGCUGCUUAAUUAAUUUCACACACAGCCAACACAUGUGGGCAUUCUAACCUUCCCAGUGAAGGGAACCAGCUGCACCAUUUUAUACUCGGGCAGCUAGACAGGGGCAACUUUUUCCCCCUACGUUGAGUUACUUAAUCCCAAAGCUUUAUUUUUAAAAAUAAUAUUUAUGUUUUCCUCUGGCCUCUUACCCUUUCCUUAUCCAAGAGGAGGGGGCCAAGAGGCAGAGAUGAGGCAGGCUGGUGCUGAAGCCCACCCUUUUGCUGCAAUCACCUCACCUCCCUUCUGGUCUCCCAAAGAGGUAUGAAGACCCAAAGAGGUAUGAAGAGGGUGGAGCAAAGACACGCAAGGUGACAAAGCCUCAGAUUGUCUGGGAAAGAACUGGGGGAGGAGGCGACUUUGGGAGCUGGGGGAAGACGUGGACCUUCAGUCCUUGCAACUGCCACAUUGGGGCAAGAUCUACCAGGAAGUGUUGCUGUGCUCACUAGGCUUGGCCUCUUGAGCUUGUUUCCUUGAAUGAAGAGAGUUAAAUUUACUGCCACCGUGUGAGUUAUCGCUGACCUGUACUUGACACCCACCCUGACAGAAAGGAUGAUGGGAGUUGUAGUCCCACAACAUCCUGGAGGGAUACCAGGCCAGGUGUGUUCCGUGGUGGAACUCUCAUAUGUUGCUGUUGUUGGCAUAAGGGAAAAUUAUGUGAUGGUACCAGUUGGAGAAAAGGACACACCUGCAAAAGGAAACCAUGCAUGCUGUGGUAGAUUCAUUGCUCUGCUUUUUGCUAUCGCGAUGCCCACUGCUGAAGAGCCAAGUGCUGAGGCAAAGAGCCCCCUGCAGUCUACCUGCAGGGCUGUUUAUGGGAGGAAUGUGGAAUUUCUGUGCUGGCAUUAUGGUUAUAAUUCUGCCCUUAACCCUAUGGGCUGCUGUGCCAAUAAAACAGUUCCUUGACAGCUAAAGCUUCACUUUGAGACCAAAUGUGUUUUAUAAUUCUUCCAAAGAGCAGGGGGAGGACCCAGUGUGAGCAUAAAACAUACUAAAGAUUUUUUAAACUGUAACUAAAAUGGCCCAUCUGUGACUGAUUAUGCACCCAAGUAUGUGAUGAAGCACAAUUCUAUGUUUAUGUGGAAGAAAAUCCCACUGUUUUCAACUAGGCUUAUUUCCAAGCAAGUGUGCUUAGGACUGCAGCUUAGGGCUCUUUGGCAAAUUUUUCCUGGAGAAGGAAUUACAGAACAGCUGCAAAAACACCAGUUAUCUGCGCCCUUCUACGUGGCACACAAAAAGGUACUAUCGAAAGGUUAUCUUCUGUUGACUGUUGGCAUCGUGCAUAAAUGACGAUAUUGUGGCUAUGUGAAAAGGCCCGAUUCUUCAAGAGGAUUAGAAACAAAACAAAAACCCUCUCCCCCCACCACCACCCUGAAGCUAACUAACUCAAAUUAUUCCCCACCCCAUUUUUAUUUUAUUUUUAGGCUACUCUAAGGAUGCUGUUGGACCAUCUGAAAUUGGUGGCUUCGUACCAUGAAGUAAACAGAAUGACGUGCCAGAACUUAGCUGUGUGUUUUGGGCCUGUGCUACUGAGCCAGCGGCAGGAAACCACCAAUCACAACAACAGAGUUUUCACAGAUUCGGAAGAGCUUGCCAGUGCCUUGGAUUUCAAAAAACACAUAGAGGUUUUGCAUUACCUCCUCCAGCUGUGGCCAGGUAAAAGUCUUAGAGGAGCAUAUCUGGAAAUAAUUUAACUCUUUAUUUGCAGAGGGGGAGCUGCGUUGGGCUGUAAUCCAAACCCCAAAGCUGGGCUGAGGAGGGAGGCAUCCCUAGGCUCACUUCUGCCAGCUCAGCUGGUUCCCCACCGGUUUGCCCAGUGGAUUGCCCUCAAAUGAGGCAUUCCAAGGGCAGGGCAGUGUUGAGCCAACCCCACUAGAGCCCAGGCUGUUCUCAGGGCCGACACUGGCCAGCGAAAAGCCUGAAGCAGCCUGCAGGGCCUCAGUAGCAGCAGCCGGGACAGAUUUGGAUUGCAGUCUUAGUCUGUUGCUGCAAAAAACCAAACAAACCAGAGUGUCUUAGCACAUUUAUUACGACUUACCGUAUUUUUCGCUCGAUAACACGCACCCAACCAUAACACGCAUGUAGUUUUUAGAGGAGGAAAACAAGAAAAAAAAUAUUCUACAUGAAACAGUGGAUGUAUAAUUUUUGUGGUUCAUGCUGUGGCCACAGACAUGUGAUCUGAUGGUGAGUUUGGGGUAGCCCAAUGCAAAAAUCCUGAGGAUCCAUGUGGAUCCAUGUUUGUAACCACGUUUUUGCACCACUGCGGCCCCAGGCAACAGUGGGUGCAUGAUUUUUUUGGUGCAAACUGUAGCCAUGGACAUGCUAUGUGAUCUGAUGGUGAAUUUGGGGUGACCCAGUGCAAAAAUCCUGAGGAUCCAUGUGGAUCUGUGCUUUGUAACCACGUUUUAAGUGGGGAGGGAAGGAAAAGCACUCAAGGGACAAGGAGCAUGCGUGGAGCAGCUCUGCUUCUCUCCCUCCUCCCCCCCCCCAGCGAGCUGAAAAACUUUGCUGGAGGGACAGAGAGUCUGCUUGCUUUAAAGGAGCCUACCGGACAGGAGCCGCUUACACGAGUGUAGGCUCCUUUAAAGCAAGCAGGUUCUGCUUCUCUCCCUCCACCCCCCCCCCCCCGCCCUUAGCGAGCUGAAAAUCCCCGCUUAGCGAGUUGAAAAUCUUUCCUGCUAUUUCCAGCAAAGCGGGAGGAGAGAGAUACAGAGUGCCUGCUUGCUUUAAAGGAGCCAACUGGACAGGAGCCGCUUACACUCGUGUAAGUGGCUCCUCUCCCCUCCCGCUUUGCUCCUUUAAAGAAGCAGGCACUCUGUCCCUCUCUCCUCCCCAUUCAGCGGCUCUUCUCCCGCUGGAAACCACGGAGGAGGGAAGCAUUCGCUCCGUAACACGCACAGACAUUUCCCCUUACUUUCUAGGAGGAAAAAAAUGCGUGUAAUGGAGCGAAAACUACGGUAGCUUUUGCAGAGUAGGGACCACUUCAUCUGAUGCAUGAAGCAUUACCCUAAACGGGAAAGUAUAGGUACAUAUAUAUGUGUAUAUAUGUAUGUACACACAUACACACACACACACACACCUGUUGUAGAGAAGGAAACAGUAUUAUAAGCAAUGAGGUCAGGGGCAAAUGAAAAUCACAAAUUACAUAGUGUGACAAUUACAUUAAAGUUGAAAUGUAUGUAAUGUCAUAACAAGGACCAUUCACAAAGCAGUGUUGAUGGUAACACAAAUACACAAUCCAGGCAUGAGUAAGCUAAUCACACCUAUAGCAGAGUUACCUUGAUUCAGGCUGCUGGUGAUAGAACCGAACUUCUUCAUAAGUUGUAAUUCAGCAGGCAUCAAGCUGGAGUUUCCCACCUGAAGUUCCUUUGCUUGAGAAUGGCCACCUUAAGGUCAGUAACUGUGUUAUGGGGAAGUUGAAAUGUUCUAACCUUUAUUUUUAUGUAUUCACUUAUUUAUUGUAUAUUAUUCUUGAGUUUAUUUGAGAAAGGUGAUGCAAAAGGGUUUAAAUAAAAAUUGGUGGUGGUUAUUUUAUUUUUUGGCAUGCCAACUAGAGGAAAGGAAGUGGAUAAAUAGAAUAUGAAUGUUGAAGUGUUCCUUUCCCCCGCCCACCCCCAAUGUAUAGCAUAGCAAAAAAAUGCCAUUUUAGGUAUGAAGCCAGAGUUUGCUUGUGAUAUUUCAGAAUGCUCAUCAUCACCAUAUAGUUCUAGUGGUUGCAGCAAAAGACACACUCUCUCAGUAUUUUUCUCCAUCGCCGAUUACUGGUGCCUCAGCAAAUAACUUAUGCCUUAGGAAUAUUUCCAGAAUGCUUUCCGGAGCCAGAAAUAUUUGAUAUCAAGCUCUUAAUCCCAUUUCAAGCAGAACUGCUUCAGUAGUCAGGAAUAAAGCUGACGAUCGCAGCAGAUUAAGUAGGCAAGUCUGUGAAAGGCUGUGUACUGGGAGGACUGUCUCAUUUUCUGCAUAAGUGUGUUUUCGAUUGUCUGCCUUUUUGUAGUUUUGAAUGAGCCACACUUAAGAAGGCUUGAUCCUAAGACUGGUUAAUGACAACUGUUAAGGUCAGCUGUGAUCAAGUGAAACUCAUUUCACGAUAGGUUUGUGGCAUCACUUGCCAGAUCAGAUGAGUCAUCUGAAGCUUCCCUAAGGAGAUGGAGGGUCCCCCUGUGCUACCCACUGGUUCCAGUCGUAGAAAUUGUUUCCAUCUCCUACCAUUCCAGUUUCUACCAGUUCUACCAGUUUCUACCAUCAAUCCCUGAUGGUAGGAAAGAUUGGGUAUUCAGGGCAGAACCCUAGCUUCACUGUGCUACAGGUUGUCGAUUGGUAAUGUACUGAAAGCCCAGCCCACUCUUAGAAAUGGAUAUUUAUGGCCUCCCAGUGAUUAUGUAGCAACAAUAUCUCCAUUUCCAAUCUGUGCAGUAAUGUGGAAUAUUCUUCAUCCAUCUGUUGAUCCACCCAGUGCAUAGCAACGUAGCUGUCUGGAGUUGUGUGCUAACAUUCUCAAUUGGUUAGAGGGUGGUGCUGAUAAUGCCAAGGUUGCAGGUUUGAUCCCCAUAAGGGACAGCUGCAUAUUCCUGCAUUGCGGGGCGUUGGACUUAGAUGAUCCUCAGGGUCCUUUUCAACUCUAUAAUUCUAUGAGUCCAGCAAGCAGGACGCAGUGCAGAUCUGCAAUUAAAUUUCACUGAAUUGGGGGUAGAGGAGACUAUUGCACGAAUGCAAUGAAGACAAAAAUAUUUAACUGACCCCAAACGUUUAGAAGCGCUCACUUGCUGUCCACGUGCCACGAAAUACCAUUGUUGAUGCUGUCCCCUGAGCUGCUCUAUAAGUGCAAGUUCCCUGUUUGCUGCUCUAUAAGCGCAAGGAGCAUCCCCCCAACUGGGUCCCUGUUUCUUGGUGCUCUUGCUUUUGUCUUUCCUUACCACUGAGAGCUUCUGCAACGCCCUAGUUGCUGUACAAGUUCAUUCACCACCUUUCCCACAAUGGGUACAACGGAAACCUCUCAAGGCAGCUACUCCCCGAACUGCUGUGGCAGGCCAGGCUGAAAGAAGGAAGUGCCUUCAGAUUAAUGUGUCUGCUCCUAAGCAACAGCAUCUUCUGGUGGUCACAUGUAUAAUGCUAGCUAUAACUCGCAGCCUUGCUUUCAAGGUCUGUUCGUUGCAACCAUGAUGUGGCCGUGCUGUCAGUGGAAGCUGAGAUAGUCUCCGUAAUUGGACAAAUCCUCAUGUUUGCCCAGGAAAUGAGGGCUAUGGCUGGUUGCCUAGGAUUUAUAAAUCUCUGAUUUGAAUGUCGGAGUUAUAAACAUACAGAAUGUAUGGAGACUGCUUUGCCAUAUAAUGCUUUUUUUGUGUGUGAUUAUUGUCAAGGAAGCUAACCAUGGCACAAACGAGAGGAUUGCAAAAACUCCUUGUAGAGGCAUGAUACUGUACAGCGUCUUUCGGCUCUUCAAGAAUUUAAUUAAACAUUGUGGAGUGAGCUCUGUUCCAACGAAGGAGCCAAAAGCCAGAGCUUGGACUCUCAAAGAUUACGGCUCUGAUGGAUUUGAAAAACUAGAUAACCAUGUUUGUGCUCCUCGUGGGUUUUUUAAAAUUUUAAAUGGAAAACACAUGCUCCUUGUUCAGUAGGAAGGCUCAACAACGCUGGCACUUAAGGUUUAACACAUGACCCUUUUGCCUUAAGAGAGCAAAGCCUAAACAGAAGAGCUUUUGUUGCUGCAGAGAGUUCUCCCCACUCCCGGUUUCUUAAAGAAAAAAAGCCGAAUUGUUAAAGACUAAUAACAAGACAUAUCCCCACCAAUAAGGCUUGCUUUUGCAGGGGGCUCCCAGCUUGUAGUGUGCUGUUUAUGGGCAGGAUUUGACUCUUUACAUACUACUGCAAAUGCUGUGUCUGCAAUUUUUACUUUUUUAAAAAGAGAGAAUCUCCUAUUCCCCAUUUUUGUGCAGGUAACAUGUCCUGCUUUUUUACUUUUGACCUCUACGGUUGUACUUUUAAGUCUCUUGGUGGUGACUUCUCUGGUGGUUUUCGGUGACUUACGUGGCUGAGGAUCACAGCAGUGUGCUCUUGUAAUCUGGUGACCCUGCAAAGAAUCUGACCUUGUCUUGCAAAGCGAAGGAGCGCGUACUUUCAACACAAGUCAACAUCAAUAUUUCAUCAGUGGAAACAUUUCCCCCCUUUUUUUUUUCUUGGAAGGGUAGCUAGACUCACCAUUUCCCUCAAAAACAUGAGAGACACAGAGAAUAUUCAUCUUCAGAGAACUUGAAGGGAGGAGGGAUCCUCUCCAUACCCCAAUCCAGAAAACUACUACAGAUUUUUCAGUCCCUUGUUGCUUUCCUCACUAAACUCCUCCAUCUCCUAGUCAAGCCCUUCAGAUUGACCAACUAUGGGCCUGAGGUGUGUCUGAAUUAGACCAUCUGGAAAUCGUCUGAAAAGGCUCCUUGGUUGGCAACUUGAUUCUGCAGACAAUAUGGAAUGCUCUGGCAGAGACCAUUCUGCUGUUUGCAGAGCACAAUGAACACAACUGCCAACAUCACUCUGCUUUGACUCCACUAAGUCAUCUGGCCGAAGGAGCAGCUUUUGCAGAAUUGCUGCUUUGUUGUGGGGUUUUUUUUUUUUUUUUUUAAAUUCUCAGCUUUGGGAAGCAGGCAGGAGGACUCCAGCAUCCUGUCAGAGCCCUGGCAUCUCCUUCCCAGGAAGCUUCUGUCCACAAUGCCCAUGUGUGUGACAUCAGGACAUCAAGACGUCAUGUGUGUGAUGACACCCCAUUGCCCUGGCAAGCUGGCGCCUCUGGCCCUAACACUUCCUGUACAAAAAAAUUCAUGGCACGCCGCUGAUGCAAAGGCCUUUGGACUGUCUGGCCAUGUACUGUAUCUAUGGGGAGAUGGCCCCUGUGUUUUCAUUUGUCUUCUUUUUUCAGUGUGGGAUGUCAGAUGGGGAGUUUGCACAGCUGGAAAAACUAGUUCAAAAAACACUGGCUUUCUGUAAUACAGUUGCCAAACCUACACUUGCUAGAAUGUUCUGUCACGUUAACGUCUGCAUCCUUUCCCAUAUUAGCAAGAAUCAUAUCUGACACACAUGCCAUGUGAGAGGCUCAAACUGUAGUUUUAAAGUAUGAAAUGCAAGAAAACCCCUUCUGCCUAUCAAACUGUCAAAGCAUAACAAGGUCUAACUCUCUCCCUUUCCCCUUCCAUAUGUCCGCCAUGCCAUGCAUGAUCCUAUCCUCCCCUUUUUCUUAGCCCAGUUAUCUUCCAUCUUCAUGCCUAAAUAAGAUGUUUCCCCAGACUUGGAUUAGUCUACCCUACUCAGCGCUUGAACUGUGAGGGGAAAGGUAGCAGAGGCCUCUCAUGAAAUCCACAAGGCCCACCCCAGACUUUCAUCAGUUUUCUCCAAAUCACAGUGCCCCACUCCUGUAGACUUCUAAAUACAGAAGCUGGGAAGUCGGCCCCUGUCACAAAAUGUGGUGGCGACAGGCCCACUUUCCCCCUCAACCCACUCCCAAAUUCAAGCACUGCUACCAGGUCCCCUCAGUUUCUUCUUGUUCAUGACAACCUUCAUAUUUUCCAUCGUUCUCUGUUGAUAGCCUUUCCUUCUCCCUCAUCCUUUAGCCACACCAGGGUGAUACCUGGUUUUCAACAUUGCGUUAUAUAUCGCCAGCUAAACCUCGCAAUAUACCAACAUACCAUGAUUCGUGAAAUAAGGAUGGAGCUAUGUGGAGACAUUGGCUGACUUCACGUUUUCCCCACAUCGUGAUUUUUGUAUAGUGCACGUGUGCGCACACGCACAUUAUAAUUACCAAUUAUGAAACCAAUAUCACGAUAUGGACUUCAGUUUUGGACGAUAUGUCACCCCACCCUAACCUUAGCAAGUAUUUAAGCAUUUGGGGGAGGAAUUAUGCCCCUUUCAUGUUCCGUAUUGCAGCCAGCAAACAGCUAAAAUUGAACAAAAAUGUCAUGAUGGUAGAAGCACCAUGGGAUAAAGAUAUUUUACAGUUGAAAUAUUCAACCGUCAGCUGUCAAUAAAGCAUUUGUACUAUUUAACCAUAGGGAGCCAGUAACCAGAGGAGACUUAGUUUCUUGGGGUGUAGAUCCAUGAGUUCAGGUAACAAAAAUUGACAGAUGUGUGCUGCAUGUAUUCCCCACCACUGUCUCUGAGCUGGAGUAUAUGGCUGCUUAGAGGUGGGGGGGAAAGAAACCUUUGAAAAGCUUCGGCUGGCUUUGCACACACUUGGAUCCAAAAUGGUCAGCUUUCUAGAGUGGUGGCUAUAUUUGCAAGCUGUUUUAACACUUGCCGGGCCUUGCUUUUGUCUUACACAGCUGAAUGUGGAUGGCAGAUGAAAGCCCAGCCCGCACUUGAACUGUGUUGCGUUUGCGGGUUUGUGAUUAACUUGCAGAGUUCAUUGAGGCGCUUAGAAAAUUUAACAGACUCCUGCGGUUGCAGGUGGACUAAGGCAUGAUAGUUUUGAGAUGGAACGUUUUCUCCCAGGCUUCCCCCUCCUAAUAUAGGAUUACUAGCUAGCUCCACUACCCCAGUAGUAGAAUGUUUUGGCUGUUAAGUGUGCAUGCAUACAUGCAUGUUCCAAUUGUAGAUAAAUAGAGAGAAAUAAUGCAAAUGUUAACACUGUUGGUUUCUUGUAAUAUACACCGUUCAGCUAACAUGUCUUAAAACUGCUGUUUGUCUUAGUGCAACAUUCAGCCGUCAAGCAAUCUGCAUUGUCUGAGCAGCAGUCGUCUGUGAAUUACUUGAGACCUAAGAAGCAGCGGCCUCAGAUGUUGAACUUGAGCAGUACUGAGAUGUCAGGCAUCCUCAGGUCCCGGCCAGCCAGACUGGAUAGCCCUUCAAGCAACCGCUAUGCCGGAGACUGGAGUGGCUGUGGGGAGAGCUACUUCGUCAGCCCCAAGGAGGCCCUGAACGAAGCAGACUAUGAUGAUGUUCCUUCGGAAGAUGCCGAAAGUGGCGAUGACGGUGGCAGAGUGGAUGGCUCGGAGAAGCUCACUGAACGGCCCCAUUGCAUGUCCAAAGAACACACUUUUCAGGCCUAUUUGACGGUGCAAGCCAUGGAUUCUGCAGGGAACCACAGAGUAAACCUCAAAGAUCUGCAGGAAAGCAUUGAUACUCUGAUAGGAAACCUGGAACGGGAACUCAAUAAAAACAAGCUCAACAUCAGUUACUGAUAAGUAAUUUCCCUCUGCAAUACCUCCUCUCUCUUUUUUUGCUGUCUCUUCCCCCCCACCCUGUUUCUUCCCCAAAAGAGAGACGGGUACAGUGCUGUUAUUUCCAUUGCAUCGUGCAGUGAUUUUGAUCCACCGUGGGCUUAGUGCAUUCGUAUUACACAAUCUGUUUAUUGCUUUGUUGUAAUUUUCCUCCCCCUUCCUUCUUCUCUGUUGAGGAUGGUUUCGGGUUGACCCUUCUGGGUUUAAAAUGGUACGUUACUUUUCGUGAGAUGAUUGCAGAAUUUCCGUUUCCCUUUCACGGUACUAUGCACUUAGGAAGUUUGGACAAUUUAUGCAAGGCACCAUCUCUGUCUACGUUACAGCAGGAACAGCACUCAUUUGUUCCUGAAACUUUAGCCCUGGUACAGAUGUUUUCCCAGAAAGGGAGGAUUAACAUUGCUGCUUACCUGAUAAUUUGCAGCGCAAACUGUAGGUAGAUCAUUUUUUCCUACCAUAUUUUGACACCUUAUUCACUUGCAAUGCAAAGGCUGCUAUGAAAAGAAAAAGCUUUUUAUAUAUACCUAUAUAGCUAUAUAUGAAAACGUUUAAAUGUACAAAUAUUAAUGUAUUCCUGCAUUAACACUUUCCAGCAAUUAUUUAAAAGUGAAAAGAAAUUAAAUAUUUUUCUAACUUUUUUGUUUUGUUUUGUACAUAUUUAUAUACAUAUAUUAAAAAGCAUUGGGCUUGAUCUACUCCAUUUGGGGUACAAUGCUUGUGCAUGGGGAGUUCACCAUAGCCCUCCCUGUCUUCCCUCUCUUCCCCCCUGCUAAACUGUUCCAGCUGAUAAGCAGGAAGGAGCCGGAUUAAGUUCAGUUGCAGGCGGAAGGUUCCCCAUCCCUCCUAUAGAACAUAGCAUAGGAGAUCAUGCCUUCUCCUGCAAGACACAUGCAUUAUGCAUCUACAGGCAGCAUACUUGGCUUGUCAGAAAUAGGAGGACACUGCAUUCCUCCCCUUCCUUUCCAGCCUUCCCUUUCCCUCGCCGCAAGUCAAGAAACGAGAGCCUUGCAGGGCAAGUUCUAUGAGACAUUGUGAAGAGCAAUUGCUGCCUGCCUCAAACCCUUUGUAAUCAUCGGUACUUCAGGAAAGGGCCGUUUUAGAUUUGAAUAUGAACACAACUUCUAAAAGGAAUGUGUGUCGCGUAAUGCCAAAAUAAAUGGCCAGCUAAGCAGCAGUGGAUAUGGGUCGGACCAGAAGGGACUUGCUGAAUACCUGCGAGGAGUUUGAAGGCCACAGAUGACAUUGAUAUCUUUCUCUUUUUUUUUAAAAAAAAGAUAUUUAUUGAAAUUUUCAAAGUGUUACAAAAAAGGAAAAAUAAAAUAGAAGCAGAAGAAAGUACAAAUAAAAAUAGUUGACAAAGUAGAAAAAGAGAGGGGGGAAAAAAACACCAACCCCCUUCCCACCAUAUGAGUAAAAAUUCACACACAAAAAGGCACCAAAAAAAGAAAAAUACAAAAAUACAUCACAAACCGUUAAAAACAUUUAAAAACAAAUUCGUUAUUUUCAAAUCCUUAACUGUCAUUGCCUUCUUUCUUAGACCUCCUCCUCCUCCCUUUCUUUGUAUCCUAGUUAUUAAUUAUCCCAGCAAAUCCUUUCCAUGUUUCAUAAUAUUCUGUCAUUACAUUACCCUAAACUGUUUUAAUCUUAUCUUUCUAUAAAAUAAACCUUAAAGCUUAAAACUUAAAUCUUAUCCUUACCAACUUCUCAUAACCAUAAUAUUCUUUCAUAAUUCUUUAAACAUCUUUGCUAAAGCCAAGUAAUUUCAUUCCAACAUUUUUCUAACAUUCAUCAAUUUUAUAAAACAGUUCCAAUGGUAGAGAAAAGAGAUACAAACAAAUCCAAUCUUCAUCCAACGUCCCUUCCUCCUGGUUCCGGGUUUUGUCAGUCCUUAUUAUCCCGUCGAUCUAGCCCAUUAACCUGGCAACCUUAUAUCCGAGGCCCUCAAGUCUCUUCCAUGUCCCUUCCGCAGCUCUUUUUCAUAUUUGUAACUGUAUUUUCCCUUGUCUCCUGCUCGUGGUAACUCCAGCUUGACAAUGUUCUUAACCCUUCUCGACAGAUCAGCCCCUUUUCCAUAUUCAACACUGAAUUCCAUGUAGUAUUUAAAAGCAUGUUUCAAAGACCCUCCAAAAUUAAGAGCCCCCACAAACCCAAACAUCUCACGGCCCAUUGCCAUAUUUGAAAAGUCCAAACGUCCCGGCAUAGGGGGGUCAAUCCAGCCCCCCAUUUCCAAGCCAAACCAAACUUUUCCUUUCCAAAUCUGGCUUUUUCCAAGUUCAUUUGUCAAAUCCGAAAACUCAUAUUCCUGUUGGGCCUGUUCUGUCAAGACACACUCCUGAUUUAAUUCCUGAGUGGGCUCCACAUAUUUUCCCACUGUCUGUUCAAAAUUUCCCACUGCCUGUUCAAAAUUUCUAGUCGAAGUCGCCAUCCAAUUCACCUUCUCGUGUAAUUGUUCCAGUAGGGCAUUUGUUUUAUAGAGAGCACACAACAAAGCUUCUGAAUACAUUGUCCUGCAAGGUCAGAUGCCUGUUCCCACGGUUGUAAUCUGUAACAGCUGCCGGCUCCCUGGAGUUAGUUACAGUUUCACAGACCUCCUCUAGGGGGGAAAACUUCUAUUUGUUCUUGCAACAAAGUUUCCCUUUUUGAGAUAUUUUGUCAAUAUAUAUUCCUUUAAAAUGCGAAGGGGAACAGUGAAAUCACUAUGUUUCUCUUCUUUUAGCUAUCUGUCAAAAACACUUGUCUUUGGUCAAUGAACUUCAAACGUCAGUCCUGACACCCCACUCCAGGAUCAGGACGGAGGAAAGUUACUUUACUUUAAAGUCACUUUAAACGGUCCAAAAAGAUCCCCCCCCUUCUCCUGCUGUCGAAGGGGGGUUCCACAAUUUUAAAUGGUGAAAUCCAAUCCUUUAAAGACGAUUUUCUGAGCUCUAGUUUAAAUUGUCUUUGCUUUAUUCUGUUUACAAAGGAACGGAAGGCUGACUUCCUGUUUAGACCUUCCCGUUCCGUACCAAAUUAGAGUAAGUUUUUAAAAUCCAAUUCUUUUCUGCUCGUUAGUCCUUAUUUGAUGUCCAAUUGUUCAAAGUCUAAGUACUCACGGGUGCUUAUUUUAAAGUCCAAAUUGUCCCAGGAAAAAGGCAGCGCUCUCCGGCAACGGCUAUGCGGCUUCGCUCCACGGAAAUAGCAGUUGACUCACAGCACCGCGCCACUUCCCCCUCUUCACUUCGGUGCCCGUUAGUGGGUUCCUUAGCGGGUUGUGGGGGCGCUAAUGGUGCCCACCGAGUCCCAUGGUCACAGGCUUCAUCCGCCUGUGAUUUUUAAAAGGGUCCCCGCUUCGCCGUAGCGGAGAAGACCCAUUUCCCGCGGAGCUAGUCCCUCCAGUUCAGAGGGAGUCCGCCAUUGCCGGUGGCGCCACCCCGGAAGUCGACAUUGAUAUCUCUCAGAUGUACAAGUGCGUAACUUUCCUAGAUAAUGUGUCCUUGUCUCAUCGUGCAAUUUCCACGUUUUUGAGAAUUUCUAGAGAGGCUUUGGCAAUGGGAACGAUUGUUUCCCAGAGUCCAAAUUUCACACUGUGGUGGCUCACAAAUAUGCAUAUUGUUUAAAAUGCAAAUUUCCCCCCAAAUAUACAUCCCUGUAACCCUUUCCAAAGUUCAGCCAGAUGCAAACAAUGGACAGAGCAGUAUCACAUGCAUGAUCAAAGGCUCUGUUAAUGGCAAACGUUCAGAAUAAGUUAGAUGCACACAAACACAAAAAAACUGCAUGAGACUUAAAUUGGGAUGGAUUUAAAGACUGAACAUGUUUUCUGGUUCAGCCUCAAGUAGCAAACAUAAUUCAAGAGUGCAGAUCCCUAUGCUGAACCAUGUUUAUGAAGCUGUAGUCCUUGUGACUACAAAUGCAGUGAUCAGGGAUUAUGGGAACUGUAGUCCAGAACAAACCAGAGGACUGCAGGCUCCCCAAACCCUGCUCUAAAUCAACCAUCCUCAGCAUCUGUAGUCCAGAUGUUUUGGUCUAUAACUUGUAUCAUCCCCAACCAUUGGCCAUGCUAGUUACAUCUGUCGGGAGUCAGACUCCAACAACAUUGGGUGGGCAUCAAGUUGAGGAAGGUACUCUAAAUGUUUUGGGUUUUUUCUCCCCUGUCUAGAGUUUUGCCAGUGUCUCAUGCUAGCCAGACUGGCUGCUAGAACUCAGAAGUACGGGAUGUGGCCACUGCUCCCCACAUAGUGGUGAAAACCAUCCACUGUGAGUAGAGCUUGCAUAGGAUUUUAAAGGAGACCUUGGCAUGGAUCAGGUCAGGAAAAAUCUCUGUGUCUCACCCUGCCAUCACCACAAAAGUAGAGAGCGAUACUACUGUAGGGGGACUCCCGCUGAACUGUGAUUGUAUUCCAUAGCUUACCAGUGGCAGCACCCCCGGCAUUCUUAUUCUGACAUUACAUCUUGCCGAGUUCAGUGGUGAAUGUUUAGGAUUUCAGCCAUAGUGUUGAAGCUAAUGCAGGUCUAUCUUCUUGUCUGAUGCGAACUCGUUAAGUAGAGGUUCUGUGGGAGGACUGUCUUACAAUGGUGUAUGUGCCCUUCUCUUAAUAGUAGGGUUGCCUACUAUUAGGAGAAGGGCACAUACACCCUUGCUGAGCUUUUUUUAGACAAACCCCAAAGUUGUUGAGCUUUUUACAAAGAUGCGUUUUUGGACAGACGUCAUUUCUGCCUUUGAAAUCCCAGUGAUGUCCGAGAAAAUCCAGACGUAUGGCAGCCCUAUAAUAGGCAUGUAGAAUGGGCCUUAGGACAAUAUAUAUAGCUGCUACCAAGUAGUCCAUACCACUUGAAAAUCUGGGCACAGGUUGUACGGUAGGAGAUAUGUUUAUAGGGGGUACAAAUCCAAUUGCAGCACAUGUUAUACAUGUCUGCAUAAUAAGUAUUCACAAUCCCAACGCUCCCACACCCAACUGCAUAUAAAUUGUGUGUGCCAGACUGGUGUCAACGGGCUCUUCAUUUGCACACAAAUUGUUGGAAAGAGAGCACAUAGGACUCCAGAAUGUAGCCUCCUGGGUCUACUCGUGUAGUAAACACUAUAGCUCUUGGGUAUCUGAUGCAAAGGUAUACGAACAGAGAGAGCCUGUUUUUUUUUUUUUAAAAAAAGGAGGAGAGUAGUCAUAUUGGUUUGAGCGGGAUAUUUUAGAUGUUCUGAAAGCUUAGUAGAUGCUAAAAUGGCUGUAGUCCCCUCCCCAAAAAAGUCCAUCCUAUUUUUAAAGGUUGACAUGUGAAUUGAGAAAGUGCCUUUUAAAAAUAAUGUAUCUAGGUCCUGAAUGCAUUUUGAAGUUCUUAAUAUUUGCUCUCAUACCAGAAAUAUUAAAUAAGUAUUAAAUGAGACUAUCAAUUUACUGUUUAUCUUGCCAGUUGUCUUAAAUGAGUGUUAUUGACAGCUCCUCAGCCCUUCCCUUAGAAGGAUAAAUGUGACAAAACGUUUAUUAAGCUUGUCCUCGGAUGUUGGCUAUCUUAGUAGUUAACCAAAGCAAUUGCAAGUCUUAUGCAAAUAUAUAAAUGAAAACUCAACUUCUGUCCACUGUCUAGCAAUAAAACCCAAGCAAUAAAAAUUAUACAACCAAUUGCCUCAUUAAAAAAGGCUGCAUUAUUAAUAAUGCAGAUGAGUAAGUUUUUAAAUGGAAAUGCUUUUAAAAAUAUAAGUCAGCAAAGGUUUCUUAAAUAGUGCUUUGGAUCUUGACACACUGUAAGAUUUCAUUUUCUCCUGUAUUAUGUUAGCGGCCGCUCUCUUGGCCUAUGGACCUUAUGUAAAUGCUAUUUUAACUUGUUUGUUUCCCUCCUAUAUUUUGUCUGGCUACUGUUGUUGUUAUUGUUAUUAUUUAUUUACAAUAGGAUGCACAAAUUUGGUGCAUGAAUUUUUUGCCACAUUUUUUCCUAAAUAUCUCCACUUUUUAUCCAGUGUCCUUUUUAUUAAUUUAUUAUCGUUAGUGUCUCAGUACACAAUACAGUCAUUGCAAUUAAAUAACAAAGGUACUGUUUGGAAAUUUUAACCUGAAGCAUUUAUUGAUAAGCUGAUGUAUUUUUUUAAAAGUAUAUAUGUACAGGAAGUGGAUUAUUUUUAAAAAUAUAAAUGUUAAUUCUGAAUAAAAUCUGGAUUAAGAAUAAAAAUGGGUUGCAUUUUGUAAAAGGUUGCCAUCAGUGCAAUUUUUCUAGGAAAAGAGGUGCAGGAACUCACCAUGAACAACUUCCUCGUUCUCUUAGAGUGACAAUGGUGCUCACCUGAGAGGUGCCGCAACAGAAUUCCAGCAAGUUCCAGCUGGAAAAACCCCUGGUUGCCAUUAUUUGAAGAUAAGUUGGAUGCAUUUCUGAUUCCACAUAAUACCUUGAAAAUGUAUUUGCCCACACAGAAUCUGCUGUGGUUGUGAAUAUAAGUUUUCCUUCAUAUUUUUCAGGGCUAGUCGUUCAAUGCGCUCAGCAACUGAGAGGGAGGAUGAAGGCCUAAUCUCAUGCAGGAAUUUGAGUGGCGAUUUCAGUGCUAUUUCUUCCCAGCCAGAGGUAGUUUAUCAGAAACAGAUUUCUUUCCAGCUCACUGUGUGAAUUGUUGCAUUGUUAUAGCACGUGUUUUGCCAUUUGCUACCAAGCCAGGUUUAAUGUUUUGCUGUUAUGGAAUGAGUUCAGCUGAAGAUGUGUCUCCUAUAAUAGACCUGCCUGGUCACUGAAGUUUACAGUGUGAAAGUGCUCCUAAUGUUAUGGCCUUCUUCUCUGUUACCAUCUUGAUCCUCUGGGAUACCCUGCUAGAGAUGGAGUACAGUAUUGUCUCCUUCCAAACAUCUUCCCAGAGGCAACUUACCAUUUCUACCUUUGAAAACUCAUUGCCUGUCUGAUCUGCUUGCUUCUGAUCUUCUGCAUUUGUGUUGUUCCGCUGACUAGUUUUAGAUAAAUGAGAACUUCAACACUGGAAAACUCUUUAGUUUUUGUACGUCAGAAUAAGUAGCAAAACCUUGUUUUGUAGUUUUGGGCCUGUGGUGUCUCAUUCACACAGGAAAGCCACUGAUGUUGCAGUUGUCUAGCAAUGAACAUGGAUGUACAAACUAAGCCUUCAUGUCUCAGUGGAUAGAUGAUUGGAAUUGGGGCAGAGAGAGAGCCUAGCUCAAUAAUGGGCUUUGCGUUUUUCAUGCUUGCCCUUUGCAUAAUGAGAAUGGAAGUAGCCUACUUUGUCGCGUUGUGAAAAUCACAGUGCCCUUUUAGCACACACAGACAUGCUAUCAGAAUGUUUAGCUUUCCAACAGCUUUUGAACAUACAAAUUCCCAACAGAAAAUGAGUAAAAUUCUACUCUAUCCACAUUGUAUCUUGAGCCAGAACAUCAUGUUGUUGAGUAAUUUGAUCAAUUUCCCAGAGGCCUAAUGAGCUACAAGCACACAAGGACUCUAUUGUCAUCGUCAUCGUCUGCUUCCUGCUGCAACAUAUCUGUUAGAGGGGGAAUAAUCACACAAAUUAGGCCAUUGUGCAUAUGACUGUACAUGCAAAUGCUUCUCAUCCAGACCAUUUCCAAGGGUGGUGGGGGAUGCACUCACUGCACCCCCUUGAACUUCUGUGCCCACCUGCCUUUCACUUUCACUUUUCCAUUGGGCCUAACCUGUACAUCUGCCUAUAAGCAGGGGUGCAGAACCUGUAGUCUUCCAGAUGUUGCUGGACUCCAGCUCCAACCAUCCCUUCUGAUGAAGCUGGCUGUGGAUGAUGGGAAUUGUAGUCUUGACAACAUCUAGAUGGACACAGGUUCUUCACCACUGGCCUACAGGGAGAGUUCAAGGCAACUCACCUUUGCUGUUGCUACCAUGCUCAGGGCAAGCAUGGAAGGGGGAUAGCUCUAGGGAUUGGAAACGGACCCUCUUCAGGAGAGCAAGGCUUGGCAGGUGCCCAAAUGGCUGCUUUGCCACCAGUGGCGUAGCGUGGGGGGUGCAGGGGGGGCCGGCCGCAACUUCUGGGGGUUAGGGUUAGGGGGCGCAAAUCCACGGGUUAGGGGGCGCAAAUUACUUGCCUUGCCCCGGGUGCUGACAACCCACGCUACACCACUGUUUGCCACUACCCCUGGCCUUUGCCUUGCAUGACAGGAAGUUCAUGGUUGUUCUCCCAUCCAUAGAACAGGCUGUGGAACUCAGUAAUGUAUGAGCAGUGACUGAAUUUAAUUCUGUUAGCAAAUUUCAAGAUUUCAUGUCGUCUUGGCAUUUUGGCCAGUAGUUUCUGUUAUACUACAAGUAAACAAAAAACUUUAGUUUUAAGAAAGCCUAAUAUUAAGUCCACCACGUCAGAGGUAUUUAUAUCUGUUUUCUUUGUAGCAAUUGUUUGUGGCCAUUUGGGAGAGAUGCACGUUUUCCAUACACAUUAUUUUAGAACUGAAAGAAAGCACAAAUGAUAAAAGAUUUAUGUGAAAACUUGUGUCUCCCAAAUGGGAAUUCAUCAUCUGUCAGGAAACAAUUUAAUGAUGCAUUUGUUAAAUUGAAAUGCAAUCUGAGAGCAUGUAUUCAAUGGCUUCAAAUCUGUUUUAAAUUAAUGGCUUCAGCACAUCCCUGCUUAGAGGUAGAUUGUGUGCCUGCAUGAUUUACAAAUUAGAUGUGUGGAAAUUAAGAACUGUGAUGAUGACCCACUUGGUGGUUUUUGCUCACUUUAUUAGAACCUUCUGUGACAUGCAUGUAAAUGUUUCCUGCUCUUAUUAAGAACAGAGGAAUGCCUGGAUUCUACCCUGGUUAAUACAGCUUACAUUUUACCAGCAUAAAUAUAUUGCUGACUGGUAUUGCAGUCCCCCACCCCACCCCCAGUCCGUAGCUGGUUAAGUGUGUGAAUGCAAAAGAGCCCCAAACCUGUACCAAAUGUCAGCUUUCUGUCUGUUGUUCAAGCCACCUAAACUGGUGAUAUAUGUUUGUGUAAGCUGUUCCUUGUUAUAUUAUGUAACAGUUUAUAUAAUAGGAUACACUCUAUGUACAUAUUGCAAUCAGGCAUAGUCGUACCCCCCAUAAAGAAUAGGAUUAGGAUUCAGAUUGCAGACAAACAACAAUAAAUGCAAGGAUUACAGCUUGCUUGCUUGCUUUAGGAAAGAAGAUGAACAUCAUCUUCUAACAGACGUGUCUAGGAUUUUCAGUUUUUCAAGAGAAGAUUCUCGGUCAGCCAGUAGCGGAUAUCUUGGUGAACGCAUAUUGUUUACCUGCCUUCCAUCCGGCUGAUUUACUACUGCGGCAGGCAGGCAUAGAGUGCGGGAGGUGGUGGGGUGGGGGUUUGAGGUCAGCAUGGUGCAAACAGGCCAGCAGAGCUAAUCUGUGUUUGGCAUCUUCGGCAGGUUUGUCUGGGUUUAUGCAACAGUGCAAAUGAAUGGUUCAUGUGAUCAUUCUUAAAGUUGCAGUUUAAGGGGUGCAUGUGCUUUUUAUAAACUUUUUUAAAAAUGCUCUUUUUUUGGUGUGGAAGCAUUUUGCAGUGCAAUAAUUCCAACAAUAGUGAAGUUUUUGUUUGCAGGCAUUUUUGUUCUUCAGUCCUUAAGUGCAGCCACCCCAUAUUCCUUACUCGUGAAUAAAGAGAGGUGCAUUUGACAGAGACUACUGAACUGUGGCCUCUUGUUAUCUGCCUCCAUCUGUCUCUGUCCACCUUUCAUAUUUGAAUGCUGACAGAUGGAACAUUGUCAAGUACAAGUUUAUUGAUCUAACCCUGCCUCCACCAUAUGGUUCAGAUGGAGGCCCCAAGUUUGUUCACCUAGGCUGAACCUUCCAGCUCAUUUUUUGGGGGCCCUUGGUAGCUUAUUUUGCAAAAUACACUAAGGAAGCUAGUGUUUGCUGAGCCAGCCAGUUCCCUCCUCACUGCCCUGGCGUGGGGGGGGCGGGUGGAGGGCAAGCGGCAGAGAUAGCUACAUUGGUAUGCUAAAAAUAGCUGGUAACUUCUCGUAUAAAAAUAGAUCCUCUGGAUUUUUGCAGCACAAAUCUCUAAAUCUGAUAAGCUGGGGACACAUCUGGUCGUUCAAGGCCACUAAUGUUUUAGGGGGGCUAGUCUAGUACACAAAAUGCAUGUGUGAUAUUUGAAGCACGUUUCUCACAAUAUAUAUAUAAUUGUGGCUGUACCCAAAUACUUCAGAGUUUAUUGAAAAGGUAGUGGCAGGGAUCCACCUUUGCUGUUCUUUAGCCUGCCUGCGUAUGUAAGAGAAAGGUGGGUAAACAUAUUUUAAGGGGUUACUUGUUCAUCAUCUCGUGAUAUUUGAAUGUGCUGUCUGGAAGCAUGCCUUGGGCAUACAGUCUGGGUCAUGUAAGAACAUAAAAAGAGCUCUGGUAAAUCAGAGCAACAGGCUACCUUGUCUUGCUCUCACAGUGGCCAACCCAGAUGCCUAUACGAAGCCUGUAAGCAGGAUCUGAGCUCAAGAGCCCUCCCCUCUCCCCGCUGGCAUUCAGAGGUAUGCUGCUACCAGGUGUGAGAGAGAGGAUCUAAGAGUUGGUGACUGAAAGAUCAUUUGGACUGGGGAGAAAAGGAGGACGGAGACCUAAAACAGUCUUUGGCCACUGUAUACUGUUAGAUCUUCUGUUACUUUUUUUUAAAAAAAUGUUUUCUUCCCAGCUUCUAAUUAUCACUUUCCUGUGCCCCAAGCAGGUUAGCAUCUACUAUGGAUUGUUGAAUUAGAGGAGGUACGAUGGCCAUCUUCAGAUAUCUAAAGGGCUUUCACAUGGAAGGUGGAGCAAGCUUGUCUUCUCCUGCUCUGGAAGGUAGGACUCGAACCAAUGGAUUCAAGUUACAAGGAAGGAGAUUCUGACUAAACACCAGGAAGAACUUUCUGAGGGGAAGAGCUGUUUGGCAGUGGAAUGGUCUCCCUUGGGAAGUUGGGGACUCCCUUUCAUUGGUGGCUUUUAAACAGAAGCUGGAUGGCCGUCUGUCAUGGAUGCUUCAGUGGAGAUUCCUGCAUUGCAGGGGGUUGGAUUAGUUGGCCCUUGAGGUCUCCUCCAACUCUAUGAUUCCCAACGGUAAUUGUUAUUUUCACUGAUCAAAGCUAGACAGGAGCAGUGAAUAUUGCAGACCGGUAAGAGUCGCUUUGCAAACCGUCUCCAUGUGUCUUUCCACUUUCUGCCCUGACCGCAUGGAUACUUGUCUGACAGGAGCCUCUGCUACCACAGCAGGCUGUGGAAAGUGUGGAUUCACCCUCUUAAGAGUCUAACCUGCCCUUCUCUGAAGCCUUUCAUUUCUGCCUAAUGGUCUCUGAUGGCACCUGACCUGGUAACAUAGCACUGCAUGAUGAAAAAUGUCACCCCAACCGAUAAGAGAGCGACAUUAAUAUUAACCAGCUGCUGUUCCUUUGCACAGGUAAAUAGUCAAGCUGUUGUUUAACUUCUCCAGGGGUUAAAGCUGCUCUCCUGCUGCAGCACAAGCAGCCGGUGACCUGCUUUUGUGUGUCAAGGGAAAGGUGCUCCCUUCAACACAAAUCUUUUUACUAUUGCAGUUUGUGUAUCCUGAUGUUCAUAUGUUGAGAAUGUGUCUUGGACAGAAGAACUAUGUAAAUAAACAAGCUGAUGGCACAGUGACUGCAGGUGAGUUUGAAUGGUGAUUAUGCCUCUUGCUUGGCUACAUGGGGAGAUGAUGUAUUUGUGGAGGGGUUGUAGCAACCGCUGACUUUUGUGUGGCUGGUUGCUUACUGUUAAUCGUUAAGUCAUGGCUGUUACGGCACCCAUUUUUUCAUUCAGCAUUCGUUUAACCUCCAGUUUGCUAGUAAAACUGAAUUACUGUGUUGCGAAAUGAUGCAGAUCUAAAAAGUGUGUUACCAAUGUGAAAAGUUUGGAAAAGCUCUGGCCUAAAUCAACCUCAGUCACUUUGAAAACUGAAGUGUUGCUGAGGUCAGCUGUUAGCAUACACAGAGAAUGUUAUGUGAUAACGACUGAAUAUGUAGUAGAUCUGGAAAGAAGCCUGAUGUUUGUGUGCACUUCCAGAUGUCUGAAAUGAUUACAUGUGAUGCUUCCUCGCAUUGCUGCUGUUUCCAUAUUAUGCUGUAUCCAGGGCACUUAAUGGGCAUACAUAUUAACAUAGUGUUGUUUUUAAUAUUUGCAUUAAGGCGCUACAGGUUCUAAUUAAUGCAAAACCAAUUAUUAUUUUAUUGUCAAUACGCACCUUUAGCCAUGUGUGAAAAUGUUGCUUACCUGUAUAUUUAUUAUGAUACAUAGUUUAGAGGUAUGGAGGAACAGCACCUACAACCAUAUUGGGGAGGGGGGCAUUUUCAACAGUCCUACAGUAAAAAAAAAAAAAGCUAAGCUGCAAAUUGAACAGUACAGCAGCAGGUCCUUUUGGCUUGUGGGAGCUCUCCUGCAUUGCAAAUUUUCAAAGCCACACAAGGGUCUCCUCAGGUGCUCCCAUGUCUUUGGAUCAGUGUCAUUCUAAAUAUGUUGCUUACAACAAGUUACGCUGUCCUGAAUAUGACAGUGGUGUCUUACGCAGCUAGUUGGUCCUGGAGGCGUAUCUGUCUGGCACCUUCAGUACCCCAAGACGAGUCAGAAUGGUCUUCUCUAGAUCCAAAAACUCUGUAUAAUCUUGAUUUGUCUGUUCUUCCAUUAAUUCUCUUGACCGCUGGCCACCUAUCGCUCUCUGCAAGGAAGGAGGGGGUAAGUUAUAAACACAUUUUCUGAGUUGGAGGGAGAAAGUUAAUUCUCAAAGCCUUAAAAUAUAGCCUAUUAGGUAGACAAUGAUAUAAUAAUAAAGGACCCCUGGACGGUUAAGUCCAGUGAAAGGCGACUCUGGGGUUGCGGCGCUAAUCUCGCUUUCAGGCCGAGGGAGCUGGUGUUUGUCCACAGACAGCUUUCUGGGUCAUGUGGUGCAACAGAACACUGUGACGAGUGCCAGAGUGCACAGAAGCGCCAUCUACCUUCCUCCCACAGCGGUACCUAUUUAUCUACUUGCACUGGUGUGCUUUUGAACUGCUAGGUUGGCAGGAGCUGGGACAGAGCAACGGGAGCUCACCCCGUCGCAGGGAUUCAAACUGCCAAUCUUCUAAUUGGCAAGCCCAAGAGGCUCAGUGGUUUAGACCACAGCGCCACCCUUUAUCAGAAUAUCCCAGGAUGGUGUGCAACAUUAAGAAUACAUUACAAAACAUCAAUGAUAAAAACAUAAUGAAAAGCAUGCUGAGACAGCCUGUUUUCUUGUUGCCACCCUCCAGACCUCUCUGUGAUGGGGGGGCAUAGAGGAGGGCGUGUCACAUGCCCUUGUACAGAUGCCAUCGUUUGUGCCUUUGUGGGCUGUGAGUUACAAAUUCGUUUGUGCCUUUGUGGGCUGUGAGUUACAAAUUCAAAUACUAUCUCUACAUAACAGUAAAUCCCCACCGCUCUCUGGUUUAUUAUGUUUUACAUUAUAGUUAUUACAUUUUGGCAAAGGCAUACAAUACAUGCCCUUCCAAAAGCAUUUCCCACAGAGGCUGGGUUCAGACACAAUGCAAAACCAUUGCUUAUUUUAAUGCUGAAACCAUGUUUUGUGGAGGGUCUUUUCCCCCCAGCCAGAACUCAGUUCCGGCACCUCAAGUAAGCAUCAUCGCCACUGUAAGAGAACAAGGGAGGUGUUCAUGGUGAGUUCCAGCACCUCCUUUUAUAGAAAAAUAGCACUGGAGCCAACCAUUAAUUGAAGCCAGUUUACAAAGCACUGUUAGUACUAACUGUGGCUAUCACAAACCAUGGUUUUGUGUAACGUCCAAAUGAAGGAAGAGGAAGACCAAACCUUCCUUAAAUUAUAAUUUUGGUUAAAUUUAGCUGCCCUACACUGCACAGGGUUGGACUGCUUAUAAACUAAAGGAAUGGAAAAUAAAUAGAAUACAUGAAAAAUAGGCACAUUUUUCAAAACCUUAGCACUCCUAGCUUUUUUUGUCACUUUAAGAGAAUCUUACCGUUUUCUUCAUCAUAUUCUCACGCUCCAUAUUCUCUCUUUCUUCCUCUCUGAAUUCUCGCCGCUUUUCAGAAAACUCCAGAUGUUUGACUUCUCGCUCAAAGUAAUGAAGGACACUAGAACGCUGAUAUUCCAAGGCAUUUUUAGAUUAUGACAGAGACAUUUUAAAUAUCCAUCAACAAAAAAACACAGUUGCCCCAUUUCCAGCUAUGGGAGCCAAACCAGGUUUCCAUAUUACAGAUGUGUGGAAAAAUGGGGGGGGGGGGGAGAAAGCCAUGUACCUUCCCUAGUCUGAGCUGCUCAGAAGAAUAGUGGGAUUAAAAUUUAAUUUAAGAAAAGAACAAAUGAGUUUCUUGGUAAUGUAGUUUCUCCCUAAAUCCAGCCGCCAGAAGUUUGUCAGUUAUGCCAAUCAGAGGCUGCAUUUAGGUCUUCUUCCCCGACCAAAGCGGCUGGCCAAGGUAAUUGCCUGUUUUCCAAUUGAGUUCUGUUAUCAUCAGACUUUUAGAAGACAUCUGAAGGCAGCCCUGUUUGAUGCAUAACGUUUGAUGCAUUACUGUAUUUUAAUAUUUUGUUGAAAGCUGCCCAGAGUGGCUGGGGAAGCCCAGCCAGAUGGGCGGGGUAUAAAUAAUAAAUUAUUAUUAUUAUUAUUCCAGCCUCACUACACAAUUGCCAGCUUUGUGAUAUAUGACUGUUACACAAAUGCAACAAACCAUUGUGUUUGCACCUCCGAUCAUACCUUGUCUAAAUGAAUGGCACAUCCAUUUUUUUCUGCUAUGCCACCAGAUCAUAGAGCUGGAAGGGACCCCAAGGGUCAUCCAGUCCACCCCCUGCAAUGCCAAGCCAACUACAACAUGUAACUCUUAGAACCCCAUGCAAGGAAUCUUGUUUGCGGCUCCCCUGCCCCACUCCCCAGCCAAGUUUCUGGAACAUGUUACAAACCUCAUUGAGGGAAGGGUGGCUUAAUGUCCACGAAAUUUCCAAAACAUGCAGGGUGCCAAAGUCAUCGGAUACUGCUAAGAAGUGUUGCUUCGCUGCAAGAGAAGACAGAGAAUGCAGAAGGAGUUGUACACAAAACACAGAAGGAUUUUUUUGUGUUUAGUAUUUAUGGCAGAGAGCAAAUGAGCUGUAAGGGUCAAUUUGGGAACUCAAUCUCUCGCAUGUUCUUCCUAGCCACCUUGCCUGUCCUGUUUUGCUCCUCCCCCAAACCUUAUUAAACUGGAAUCCCAAAAUACAGUUUAUAAGCCUAUUUGUUCAGAGUUCGGCACAUAGCUGUCAACUUUCAGAUUUGAAAAUAAGGGAUCAGUAGCCUCACCUGUCCCGGAGACAGUCUACAGGAUAUCUAACAAUCUGGGAUAGCAGCGGGAAACGGCGCUGAAACAAGGGAAUUUCCCGCAAAAAAAGGGAAGGUUGACAGCUAUGGUUCGGCACGAGAGAGCUAAAAGCAGGAGCAAAUAUCUCAUUGUGCAUACAUACUGUACAGAAAUAUCACAAUAAAACGUUACGACUUCUAACAUCCAAAGAUAAAAGAUUAACUCUCUACGUGUCUGACUGCAGAGCUAACUACAUGUUCUACAUAUGUGCAACUGAGUCCCAGUGCUAUUUAAAAACAAAAUAAAAGGCCAUUUGGGUAGGCUGGAAACUGGUGCUGACAAAACAAGGGGGAGAGCAGGAAUGUGAAACCACACGGGGUGUCAGGAAAUGAUUUUCCCUAGAAAGCCACCUGGGAGUGGCUCCUGAAGCAGCUUUUCAUAUUUUAAAAAAUGGCACCUGGACUCUGUUUCAUGCAUCUGCUUGUAAUGUGUAGUUCACCCAAGGCCUUUUUUUCAACACGCAUUCCACUUUCAGCUGCUGAAGACGGAGGGUAAUGCUAGACUACCAGACUUAGGCAAAAUUUCAUUGCUGCUUUCCCUAUUCUUCCUUUCCCUUGCCAUCUUAUGGCCAACUGUGCAUGUGAUACAAGUUAUGUCCAUUUGAAUUGCCUUCCUUUUUUUAAACAUUGCCUUUCUUUCUAACCUGGCCGACCCACUGCAAAGUUACAUUCAAAGUAAGGAAAUAAGAAAUACGGUACACUGACAUACAAGAGUAAAUCCAGGGUUUGAUGCAAGUAAUCAGUGCAAUACAGACGUUUUGGGUCUGAGACGCUUCAUGAGUCUUCUCCAACAGGUCCCAAAUGUCAAUAUUUCCAUCUUCUCUCCCAAUGAAGAAAACACCUGGCCUUGAUAAGGACCAGUGCCCAACAGUGUAUCUCUUUGCUGUGCAACUUGACUCAAGGAGGGGACCGCUCUUCAUUAAAAAAGCAAAGCCAAAAGGAAAAUAGUUGCAUGAAACAAAUACCAGAUUAAAAUUGUUCACCUAACACUUCCAUCUUCCUGUCUUUUUUUUGAGUAUUCCUGCCUUUUCCCAUCCCAUCCCAUUAAAAUGGGAGCUGCGGGGAAAUCCCCAUUAAACUCUUCAUCAACUUUUAAUCAUUAUGUUGACAAGUCUUACACAUUGUACAACCAGUUGCAAUUCUACGUGAGA